CCCGCUCCCGGUAUCGUGUAUCAUGCCAGCAAAAGCGGCGAGUCUCAAAAUAGCCCCAAACAUCUCAGCGCGCCCCCCCCUCCUACUAAGCCCCUAGGAGCACCGCGGCAGCGCUACCCACCGUCGCGAUACGCAUUCAACGCUCGCUAUUCGCAAACGACCGACGUCUUGGUUCCGAGAUGCUUCGGGGAUGAUGACUUAACUUCUGUCAAUUGAGCCUUUCGGCAACGAACUUAGAGAUAGAGACACUCUUUUUAUUUUUUUCCUCUCGACACUCGAACUCUACUUUCUUAUUACGUGUUGUGAUUUUUGUGAUUUUUUUACGAAUCUGUGAAUAUAUUGUGGUGGCGAAAUGAGUCAACGUCAGCAGCAACAGCAGAUGUCUCAGCAGACUCAGCAACAGCAACAGACCCAAAGGGUGACCAGGACAGAGCAACAUGUCACUAGGCAGGUCACGGGUCACUAUUCAGGUGGUCAAAUGACAGUAGAACAGAUCCAGAAACUUCCUGGAUUUGGACCAAAUGCAUUCCCGCCUGUAUUCGAUAAGGUCUUCAGCAACGACCGUUUUGCGCAAGGCGGUGUUGCCACAUUUGAAGGCCGUGUUGUGGGCAAACCUCAACCAACGAUAUCGUGGACGAGAAAUGGAGCACCACUCUUCAGUUCACAGAAGCAUCGACUAACGUAUAACGAACAAACAGGUGACAUCACCUUCCAGAUCCACCAAAUCGGCCCUGGAGAUGAAGGUGAAUACGUCUGCACAGCCAAAAACCAGCACGGCCAAGCCGUCUGCUCCGUGUACAUAUCUCCAGAAGGAAUGCAACCACCAAAACCAGCCUUCUCAAAGUACGACCAGAGCUCCAUCACCUACACCAAUGGUACGAUCACCGAGGAGUUCAAAAUCGACACCUUCGAAUACAGGCUGCUUAGGGAAGUCUCAUUCAGAGAAUCUAUCACCAGGAGGUCCAGCUACGAGAAGGACUCUCAGGUCUCGACGACGAUAGAGAGGUCUUUGGGUCCAGCUGCUCCACCACAGGUGUCCCAAAAACCGCGCAACUCCAAACUUCUUGAAGGCUCCGACGCAGUCUUCUCGGCCAAACUAUCCGCCAAUCCUAGACCAAGAAUCACCUGGUUCAAGAACGGCCAGAGGAUCGUGGAAUCCAACAAGUACGAAUCCACUUUCUCCAACAAUCAAGCUAGUUUGAAAGUGAAGAAAGCAACAGCCGACGACUCUGGUCACUACACUUUGCUAGCAGAGAACCCACAAGGCUGCGUAGUAUCAUCAGCAUAUUUGGCCAUUGAGCCUGUGGCCACCCAAGAGGGGCUUAUCCAUGAGUCCACGUUCAGGCAACAGACGCAGACUGAGACUGAAACUGAGUCAUCUGGAAAGGCUCUGGCACCGAACUUUGUACGAGUCUGCGGAGACAGAGACAUCACGGAAGGGAAGAUGACCAGGUUUGACUGUAGAGUCACUGGUCGACCAUAUCCUGAGGUCACGUGGUACAUUAAUGGAAAACAAGUCACCGACGAUCACAACCACAAAAUCCUAGUAAACGAAUCGGGCAACCACGCUCUGAUGAUCACAUCCGUCAGCAGGAACGACUCUGGUGUGGUGACGUGUGUCGCCCGGAAUAAAUCCGGAGAAACGUCGUUCCAAUGCAACUUAAAUGUUAUCGAGAAAGAGCAGAUGGUUGCGCCCAAAUUUGUCGAGAGGUUUAGCACGGUCAAUGUAGCUGAAGGAGAACCGGUGGUUCUGAAUGCCAGAGCCGUCGGUACUCCCACACCACGAAUCACUUGGCAGAAGGACGGCGUACCGCUAGCAAGCGGACCCGACUGCAGAAUUACAACCGACGGUGGGGCGUCCACUUUGGACAUUUCUCGCGCGAAGGCAUCAGAUGCCGCAUGGUACCAGUGCACUGCACAGAACGUCGCCGGCUCCACCGCUACAAGGGCAAGGUUGUUUGUGCAAACACCACAAGGUCCUACCCCCGAACCAAGACGCCUUCACUUACCCAGGCCUACGAAAGUCAUCGAACCUGAACCCGAACCUGGUCCAGAAGUGAUUUACCUCCGUCAUGUCGAACGAUCAAGACCUUAUCUGCCCCCAGGAGAAGAGGAUAGAAUUUAUCCUCCCCCACAAUUCAUUAUUCCUUUGAGAGAUGCCAUUCAAUAUGAAGGAGGAAAGAUUCACUUUGAAGCCAGGAUUGAGCCAGUUGGCGAUCCCACCAUGGUAGUUGAAUGGUUUUUGAAUGGAAAGCCAAUGGCAGCCAGCUCGAGAGCAACAUCCGUCUUCCGCUUCGGUUUCAUCGCUUUAGAUCUCAUCAGCCUCAUCAUGAACGAUGCCGGCGAGUACGUUUGCCGCGUUACCAGCUCAACUGGCUGCGUGGAAUCACGCGCGUACUUGCAAGUCAAACCCAGACCUUCUAUCGAGCAGAGCAGUCAGCACCCAGAUAGCUUACAGUACAUACAGCAGCUGGAGGACUACUCGAAGUUCCAGAGGCAGGAGAGCCUCGACGAAAAGUCGAACCAGAAGCCUCACUUCAUCCGUCCACUCCAGGAUUUGGGCGAGCUGCAAGAGGGCAGGAACGCCCAUUUCGAAGCGCAACUCACCCCGGUCAGCGACCCCACGAUGAAAGUGGAGUGGUACAAAGAUGGUCGACCAAUAACCGCCAGUUCACGUAUCACCACCAUCUUCAACUUCGGCUACGUCUCUCUGAACAUAAUGCACCUACGGGCCGAAGAUGCGGGUACGUACACUGUGCGGGCCGUUAACCAUUUGGGAGAAGCCAUCAGCUCUGCUUCGGUGAGGGUCUUGGCCAGGUCCACCGUCACCGGUGACUUGGGCAUCCCCGAACAACAGAAAUACAUUGAAAAGGUCGAACAGCUGGAAGCCUACCAGCAACAACAGCACCAGAAAUACGUCAUCGAGUCUCCAGAGAGCUCGCAACCACCCGUCUUCAAGACACCCAUCAAAGACCAAAAUGAAAUCCGUGAAGGGGGCUUUGCUCACUUCGAAGCCCGCUUGGAACCUGUUGGUGACUCAACACUAAAAGUAGAAUGGCUGAAAGAUGGGCGUUCCGUGGAAGCUAGCUCCAGGAUCACCAGUUUCUUCAACUUCGGAUACGUAGCACUCACUAUUAAAGAUGUAACCGUCCACGAUGUGGGUCACUACACGUGUAGAGCAUUCAACGCUAUGGGCGAAGCUAGCACCACCGCUCAGUUAAGCGUGGUCAGCAAAAAGGAUAUUAUUUUCGAUUCGCAACAUCCUGGUGGUUUGGAAAAGAUCCAACAUCUGGAGGACUCUAGUCGGUAUAUGAGAAAAGACAAGGAAGAAGUUACUGUGACACAGCAACCAAGGUUUUUGGGACCACUGAAAGGAACUAACAGAAUUGUAGAAGGACAACGGGCCCACUUUGAAGCUAGAGUAGAACCACAGAGUGACACAACUCUGAAAAUCGAAUGGUACUUUAACGGAAAGCCAGUUCAACCAGCCAACAGGAUCCAGACGUAUCAUGAUUUUGGAUACGUCGCACUGGAUAUUUUGAGCGUACGUGGAGAAGAUGCUGGCACCUACACAGUUGUAGCUAGAAACGCUAUGGGUGAAGCUCAGUUGUCUGCUAGCAUGGUCGUAGAAACACGAGCCAGUAUAGAUACCAGAAGCAUGCACAAAAGCGCAAUUGACAAAACCAGACACAUUGAAGAAUCGAAAUUCGUGGAGCCACAGUACGACAUCGAAGAGCUCUGCAAGUCCAAGCCAGUCUUCGUGGUACCUUUAUCUGACCCACCACCGGUGUCUGAGGGUAGAAACAUCCACCUGGAAUGCCGACUGGAGCCAAUGGGCGACCCAACCAUGAGAGUCGAGUGGUACUGGAAUGGUAGACCGAUUACUGUUGGUUCACGAUUCAGAACCUACAAUGACUUUGGUUUCGUUGCUUUGGACAUCAUCCACGCUAACGCUGCGGAUUCUGGAGAGUAUACUGUAAGAGCAGUCAAUCAGCUUGGAUCUGCACAUACCUCCUCUUGCGUUAGGGUUAUUGGUAAAUCAGACAUCAUUACUGAUAGCCAGCAUGAACAGUCUCUGGAACAAAUCCAGCAUCUUGAGGAUUCUUCAAGAUAUCGCAAACAGAUGCAGGAGGAUGUCACUGUGCUCCAAGCUCCUCAAUUCACAAGGCCCCUUCAUAACAUUGAGACAGUUGAGGGUACCAACGUUCAUAUGGAAUGUCGAUUGCAACCUGUUGGUGAUCCAACAAUGAAAGUAGACUGGUUUGUCAAUGGUGUACCUGUCAAGACAGGUCAUCGUUUCAGACCGGCAUAUGACUUUGACUAUGUGGCUUUGGACCUACUUAGCGUGUAUCCAGAAGACUCUGGUGUUUAUACAUGCCAAGCAAGAAAUCAGCUCGGUGAAGCUGUCACGUCCUGUGCAGUUAAAGUGAUCGCAAAGAAGGAUUUGCUUCUGGAGACCCAACACCCUGGUGGGUUGGAGAAAAUCCAGUACCUUGAGGACUCGUCCAGAUAUAAGAGAACAGAAUUUGUUGAUGAACAAGUAACUGUCAAACCAAGGUUUGUAUCUAAACCAAAGAACCUUGAACACAUGGUUGAGGGGAAACAUGCUCACUUUGAGUGUAAAAUUGAACCUGUGACCGAUCCUAACUUGAAGGUUGAGUGGUUCAAGAAUGGUCGCCCCGUAACAGUUGGACACAGAUUCAGACCGAUCCAUGACUUUGGAUACGUAGCUCUGGAUAUCGUAGACCUGAUCGCUGAGGAUUCAGGCACAUACACUUGCCGCGCUACCAAUCUUGUCGGUGCAGAUGAGGUCAACUGUCACUUGAAGUGCAGACAAACAGGACAGAUCAUCACUUCCACUCAAAACGAAAGCGGCUUGCAACAAAUCCAACAUUUGGAAGAUCGCAGUCGUUACCAAAGGCAUGAGCAAGUGGAUGAAAUCACUACUCAGGCACCAAUCUUCACGACAUCGCUGAAGAACGUUGACAUCAAAGAAGGGCAAAGAGCCCAUUUCGAAUGUAGACUAAUCCCAGUAUCAGAUUCAACCAUGAAGGUAGAAUGGUUCCACAAUGGUCAACCACUAAAGUCCGGAUCACGAUUCACUGAAACCAACAGCUUCGGUUUCGUAGCUUUGGAUAUCUUAUACGCCUACCCUGAAGACUCUGGCACCUACACUUGCAGAGCUACAAACGCGCUGGGUGAAGCCAUAACUUCAGCUGUAUGCAAUGUCCAAUCAAAGAAAUCGAUUUACCAAGAGACCGUCCACGAAGGAGCUUUGGAGAAAAUCUCUGAAUUGGAAGAUUCUUCCCGCUACCAACGCAAGACUGUUCAAGAAGAGAGUGUCAGUCAGGCUCCUAUGUUUACCAUGCCCUUGAAAGAUCUGAGGGUUGCUGAGAACCAAGCUGCUCACUUUGAAGCUCGUCUCAUACCUGUUGGUGACUCUAGGCUGAAGGUUGAAUGGUUGCGUAAUGGAGUACCAAUAGAAGCAUCAAACCGCAUCACAACAAUGCAUGACUUCGGUUAUGUUGCAUUGAACAUGAAGUACGUCAAUCCAGAGGACUCCGGCACUUAUACAUGCCGUGCUGUCAAUGACCUAGGUGAAGCUGUAACGUCAUCUACACUCUUCGUCCAAUCCAAAGCUUCCCUCCAGCUGGAAUCUCAGCACGAGGGAGCCCUUCAGAAGAUCCGUCAACUUGAGGACCACUCCAAAUACCAACGACGUGAGGAGGAGGAGACCAUCGUUACUCAAGCUCCGGUCUUUACCACCCACCUCAAUGGUCCCACUGAACUCGUAGAGGGACAAAGCGCCCACUAUGAAUGUCGCAUUGAACCUUAUCCAGAUUCUAGCUUGAAGGUGGAGUGGCUACACAAUGGAAAACCAUUGACCACUGGACACAGGUUCCGUACUGCGUACGAUUUUGGUUUUGCCAGUUUGGACGUCCUGACCGCGUAUGCUGAAGAUUCUGGAGAAUACACCUGCAGAGCUACGAACCGCAUUGGACAAGCCACAUCAUCAGUCCACACAAACAUCAAAUCUAAGUCAUCGAUCAUUCGUGAAACACAACACGAAGGAGCUCUGCGCAAGAUCCAACACUUAGAAGAUGACUCCAAAUACAAACGCGUAUCUCAUGAAGAUUCAGUUGUUCUGGAGAAACCUCAAUUUGGUCGCGGCUUGAAGACCAUCGAGAACCUUCCAGAAGGAUCAAGCGCGCACCUGGAAGCAACAUUAACUCCAGUAAAUGAUGCAACCAUGAAAGUAGAAUGGUUCUGCAAUGGAAGACCCAUCCAAACUGGACACAGGUUCAAGACCACUUAUGACUUCGGCUACGUAGCCCUGGACAUCCUAUAUGCCUACGCUGAAGACAGCGGUACCUACAUGUGCCGUGCAAGAAAUGCAGUAGGUGAAGCCGUCACAACUGCUGGAGUGACAGUUAUCGGCAAAUCAGGCCUGGAAUUGGACACCCUCGAUGAGCAACGUCUCACCAAGAUCCGUCAACUUGAGAGCUAUGAAAGACCGAGGAAGGAAGAAGUCGAAGCUCCUCCACAGAAACCGGUCUUCCUCACUCCACUCGUCAGCUUGGAAAAUCUCAAGGAAGGAGAGCAUGCCCAUCUUGAAACAAGAGUGGAGCCCGUUAAUGACGCGAACCUGAAGAUCGAAUGGUUUGUCAAUGGUGUUAAGCUACGUGCUGGACAUCGUUUCCGUACCACGCAUGACUUUGGCUAUGUCGCUCUCGAUAUUCUCUACGCUUACCCUGAAGAUAGUGGUACCUAUAUGUGUAAGGCCACUAACCUCGUUGGAGAGGCUGUCAAUACCUGUACAAUUAGAGUAGGAGGCAGAAAGAGCAUCCUACUUGAUACUCACCACCCAGAAGGUCUCGAAAAAAUCAGAGAACUGGAAGCCCAAGGACAUCCAGCUCGCUUGGAGAUCGAGGAACCACCUGCGGAACCACCACGGUUCGUAACGGAAUUACGUGGUACAACUGAAAUCUAUGAAGGACAAACCGCUCACUUUGAAGCCCAAGUGAAGCCCAUUCACGACGCCAAUCUAAGGAUAGAGUUCUACCACAACGGAAAGCCUCUUCCGUCUGCUAAUAGAUUCCAUAUCACGUUCGAUUUUGGAUACAUUGCGUUGGACAUUGGUCACGCAGCUCCAGAAGAUGCAGGAGAGUACUCCGUUAAAGCAAUCAACAAUAUGGGACAAUGCGUAUCUUCCAUCAACCUGAGGGUUAUUGCCAAGGAUAGCAUCAUCAUGGAGUCACAAAGACCAGAAGGUUUAGACAAGAUCAGGCAACUAGAGGAGCACCAAGCCUACAAGCGUCCAGAAGUCGACGAACCUGUAACCAGACAAAGACCAGUCUUCACUCAACCACUCCAAAACAUAGACUUCAUCUCAGAAGGACAAACCGCCCACUUUGAAUGCCGUUUGAUCCCUGUUGGAGAUCCGACACUCAAGGUUGAGUGGUUCAGAAAUGAGAAACCAUUAGAAGAUAGCUCUCGUAUCACCAAAGUACAUGACUUUGGUUUCGUCUCUUUGGAUAUCCGCCAGGUAACAGAUAGAGAUGAAGGUGUUUAUAUCUGCAGAGCUACGAAUCCACUCGGAGAAGCUGUCACGACUGCAUCUAUGAAAGUUAGAACCAAGGCCAGCAUCCAGUUGGAGACCCAACACCCAGAAGCUCAACGUAAGAUAGCCCAGCUUGAACAACCUCACGCACCAAGACCAGAAGAGCCUGAGCGCGAGUUUGAGAAACCCAUCUUCACUCAACUGCUUACUGGUCCAACAGAGCUAUGGGAAGGCCAACAUGCCCAUUAUGAAGCCCGUGUAGUACCAGUCGGUGAUCCUAACUUGAGAUUUGAGUGGUAUGUCAACGGAGUCGAAUUGAAGCUUGGCUCCAGGUUCAAGGUCACCCAUGACUUUGGAUUCGUCACUCUUGAUAUUAUGUCAACUGUCAAAGAAGAUUCUGGUGUGUACAUGUGCAAGGCCAUUAACAAAGCCGGUGAAGCUGUGUCUUCCAUAUCACUUAAAGUUAAGCCGAAAUCUAGCAUCAUUGGGGAACCAUUGCAGCCUGAUGCAUGGCAGAAAAUUCAGUUAAAGGAAGCUGAAAUGAACAAAGUACCUGAAAUGUUCGUUGACACCACCCCACAACAACCACCUGUAUUUACAACGCAUCUGAAGAGCUACGACAACUUAGUUGAAGGUCAGCACGUAUACCUUGAAGCUCAAGUAGAGCCUAGAGCAGAUCCUAACCUUCGUAUUGAAUGGUUUAAGAACGGCAUUUCUUUAGCAACUGGCACUAGACUCAAGAGCACAUUCGACUUCGGUCUAGUCACAUUAUCCAUCAACGGAUUGAGAGAUGAUGAUUCUGCUAUAUACACCUGCAAGGCAACUAACAAGCUUGGUGAAGCCAUCUCAACUUGUUCUCUCAAGAUUGAAGGACAUCACUGGCUAUUGGGACAAACCUUACAUCCUGAUGCUCUUCCGAAGCUUGAAGCUUUGGAAAGACCAUCGGAAGGACGUCCUGAGGCUCCUGAACCCACCUAUGAACUACCUAUCUUCAUCACUCACUUAAACAAUAUCGAGUGUAUGGAAGGAGACAAUGUUCACUUUGAAUGUAAUGUCGAACCUUCCAAAGAUCCCACUCUUAAAAUUGAAUGGUUCGUAAAUGGCAAACCACUACCGAGUGGUGCCAAAUACAAGUCAACCUACGAUUUUGGAUAUGUUGCUUUGGACAUCACAAAUACCUACGAAGAAAAUUCUGGCAUAUACACUUGUAAAGCUACUAACAGCAAGGGUUCAGCUACGACAUCGGGAUCACUACGUUGCAUUGCUAAAAAGAGCAUCUACCUGGAUACACAGCAUCCUCAAGGCAAAGCUGGUUUGGAAAAGGUAGAGGAAGUUGAAGAGGCAGUUGCUGGAAAGUACAGGAGACAACCUUCAGCUCCUGAAAAAGAAUUCGGAAAGCCAGUAUGGACCAUUCCCCUCAAUCCAGAGUUUAGACUUGUUGAGGGACAGCCUUUACAUUUAGAAGGAACCGUGGAACCAAAGGAAGACCCUAACAUGAAGAUCGAAUGGUUCUUCAACGGCAAGUCACUAGAACAUGGUAGCAGAUUCAAGCUCACCCAUGAUUUUGGAUUUGUAACAUUGGAUGUAACUGACGUUUAUGACAGAGACCAAGGUAUUUACACCUGCAAAGCUUACAACAAGUCAGGAGAAGCAUUCACGUCCACUACAAUUUACUGCACAAGCAAGGCUAACCUGAUCGAACGUACCCAACAUCCUAAAGGACAAGAGGGUCUUGGAAAGAUUCAAGAUCUUGAAGAGUCGCUAGGUAGACACGAGUUGCCAGUUGCAGAAUCUGAGGAAGGUCACGCACCUGUAUUCACAUCUGAGUUCACAAACCUUACCAACCUGAGUGAAGGUGAGAUCUCACACUUUGAAGCUGGACUCACACCUAUUGGAGACCAAACCAUGAAAGUGGAAUGGUUCUAUAAUGGUAAAACUAUUGAAGCUUCCCAUAGAUUCAGAACCGUCCAUGCAUUUGGAAUGGUGGUAUUAGAAAUCCUUGGUACUAAGAUCGAAGACUCUGGCACCUACACUUGCAGGGCUACCAACAAAUGGGGUAUGGCUGAACAAAGCGUAACCCUAGAAUGUACUGAGAGGAUCACAGGCCAAAAACCAAAGUUCACAACACACAUCAAGGAUAUAGUGGGUCUGAAGGAUGGCCAAUCCGCUCACUUCGAAUGUACUCUGAUUCCUGUGAAUGAUCCCAACUUGAAGGUAGAAUGGUAUCACAAUGGUCAACCAUUGCUGCAAUCUUCUAGAAUCAAGAGCGUAUCAGACUUCGGAUUCGUCGUUCUAGACAUUUCUUACAUCCAAGACCAAGAUUCUGGAGAGUACGUCUGCAGAGCAUACAAUAAAUAUGGCGAGGACUUCACCAGAGCAACAAUCUCAGCACAUGGCAAAGGAGGAGUAUUUAGCGACAGCUUACAACCAGAAUCACUGGCCAAAAUCAGAGAACUGGAGAGCUUGCAAGGUCAGCAAGCCCAAACACCUACCACACCAGUCACCGAACCACCAAAGUUCAUCACUCAAAUUCAAGACGUCACCAAACUCGUUGAGGGACAAAGCGCUCACUUUGAGGCUCGACUUACGCCUGUCCACGAUCCCGACUUGGUCGUCGAAUGGUACUACAAUGGCAAAAAGUUGCCACAUGGGCACAGAUAUCGCACCUUCCAUGACUUUGGUAUUGUCAUUCUGGAUAUUCUGUAUUGCUAUGAAGAAAACUCUGGAGUCUACGAAUGCAGAGCACAUAACAAAUAUGGGGAAGACUCUACUAAGGCUACUAUGAAAUGUGUUUCGAAGACGAAUCUUAUCCUGGACUCGCAACUCCCGCGGGGCAUGGAAGGUGGAUUAGAAAAAAUUCAAACGCUGGAAGAUUCGAUGUCACGAACAAGAGAAGUAACCGAAGAAGUCAAGAAGGGAAAAGCCCCCGUAUUCACAGUACCUCUAUCGAACAUCGAAAACCUACGCGAAGGCGAGAACUGUCACUUCGAAGCGAGAUUGACUCCAACCGAUGACCCCAACUUGAAGGUUGAGUGGUACUGGAAUGGAAAGCCACUAAGAACUGGUUCCAGGUUCCGUACAUUCUGUGACUUCGGAUUUGUCAUCCUUGAAAUCUCUCCCGUGUAUCCAGAAGAUUCUGGAGAGUACUCCUGCAGAGCGUUCAAUGAGUACGGAGAAGCUGUCACUACUGCUUCGAUGAAAAUAUCCGGGAAGAGAAGCAUCAUCUUGGAAUCUCAAUUGCCCAAAGGCAUGGAAGGUACCAUUGAAAAGAUCGCCGAGCUGGAAGGUCUGGGUGCAGCACCAUCUCCAAUGAGUCCAGAUGAUGACACUGGCAAGCCACCAGAAUUCAUUACUACUCCUUCAGAUCUAACAAUGACCGAAAACGGUCUCGCUCACUUCGAAUGCAGGUUGAUCCCAGUCAAUGAUCAAAGCAUGAGGGUUGAAUGGUUCCACAACGGAAAACCACUGUGGUCCGGUUCCAGAAUAAAGACCAUCAAUGAUUUUGGAUUCGUCAUCCUGGAAAUCGCCGGAGUUUACCAAAGAGAUUCUGGCGUGUACACCUGCAAAGCGACCAACAAACAUGGUGAAGCAUCCGUCUCAUGUCAACUGCAAGUCAAGGGAAGACAGGGCAUCAUCAUGGAACCACAGCUACCUUCCAACUUCAGGAGCGGUACCGAAAGCAUCCAGAAACUAGAAGAACAGUUACACAAGAGAGAAGAAAUAUUGAGUGAGGAAGAAAAACCAAAUCCCCCAAGGUUCGUCAUUGAAAUCAAAGACAACCUGGAUGUUGAGGAAGGCAGUCCUAUCCACUUUGAUGCUAAAGUUGAACCCACCAACGACUCAACAAUGCGUAUCGACUGGUUCCACAAUGGCCGUCCGUUUGCUACAGGUUCUCGUGUUCACCAAAUCUUUGACUUCGGGUUCAUAUCUAUGGACAUCGAUUACACGUACACUCGUGAUGCUGGAGAAUAUAUCUGCAGAGCCACCAAUAAGUGGGGUACAGCUACUACAAAGGCUAAGGUAACCUGCAAGGCCAAACGCAACAUCGACUUCGAAAGUCAACUACCUUCUGGCAUGAGCGCCGAGAAGCUAAAGGAACUUGAGAAAGGCCCAGUUUCUGUCCCUCCAGAGAAAGAAAAGACGUAUUCGCCACCAAAGUUCAUCACUCAGAUCGAAUCAGCGACAAUAGAAGAAUCCGAAUCAGUUCGAUUCGAAUGUCGCGUCGAACCCAAAGAUGAUCCUAAACUACGCAUCGAGUGGUACAGGAAUGGCAAAUUGCUGCCAUCUGGCCAUCGCUACAAGACAGUGUUCGACAUGGGCUUUGUGUCCCUGGAUAUCCUCUACAUCUACGCUGAAGAUUCUGGCGAAUACGUCUGCAGGGCUGUGAACGACUAUGGCGAAGAUUUCACCAAAGCACACAUCACCUGCAAGAAACUCCCCAACAUCAUCUUACAAAACCAAGUACCAAAGGGAAUGAAGAAAUCUGAAACUCUGAUGCAGAUGGAAGCAGCAAUCAAAAAGUAUACCUCUGAAAUACAUUUGACAGAAGAUGACCUGUACGAUAUAGAAAAGAAACAGCCACCAAGGUUUGUAACUCAAAUCCAGAGUCAGACGGAUCUUGUGGAGAUGCAGACCACAAAAUUUGAGUGUCAAUUGGCACCAGUGGGUGAUCCCAAUAUGAAGGUCGAAUGGUUCCUCAAUGGAAAACCAUUACCACAUAAAAACAGAUUUACACCAAUUUAUGACUUUGGCUACGUAGCGAUGAACUUUGGAUGGAUCUAUCCAGAGGACAGCGGCGAAUACGUUUGCCGUGCUACCAACUUAUACGGUAUGGACGAAACAAGAGCUAUCAUCAAGACAACUGGCAAACCAGGAAUCAUCUAUGACUCUCAACUACCUAAAGGCAUGAAGAGUAUUGAGAAGAUCAGAGAGCUUGAGGCAGCUUGGCAAGUUGUGCCAGAAGAGCCCGAAGAAGAGGCCAAACCAAGAUCCGCUCCAGUCUUCGUAAGCAAACCAGAGCCUGUAACAGUAGAAGAGGGUGAAUGGGCUCGAUUCUGCUGCCGCGUCACAGGUCACCCAAGGCCAAGGGUCAUGUGGCUCAUCAACGGCCACACCGUGGUUAGUGGCUCGAGGUAUCGCCUAACCUACGACGGCAUGUACCACUUGGAUAUCCCAAAGACUCGUCAGUACGACACAGGCAAGGUUGAGGUCAUCGCUCGCAGCUCUGUGGGUGAGGCCAUUGCUGAGACUGAGCUGAAUAUCAUCCCAAGGCAUGACGACUACAGAGGCGUGCUCAAGAAUUCGCCUAGACCUUGGUAUGAUAUAGAAUUAGCCGAAUACCAAAAAGAGCGUCAAGAUACAGAGCUCGAAAAAAUAUUUGAUGAACGUAACACUGCCAUGAGAGAAAGUGGCGUACACGUCACUGGCAUCCACGUUCAACCUAAAGAGUUCAAAGAAGAAGAAACCGAAUGGCAGAAGAUGGCAAAGAACAAGAAGGGAGAAGAGUACUACAAUAAGAUACAUAGUCUAGAGAACGAACAAGUAACAAAGGAGAUCAAACUAAGGGAACAGUCACAUCAGUUUGCUAUUCCUGGAGAGAAGAUCGCCAGCAGUACAGUAACCAGGGGAAUGGCUCAACAAUACGAAGAAAGCUUGGACGAGAAGCCAUUUGAGGCCAGCCUUCAACCAGUACCUAGACUACCAAAGGCCGAGCAACCGAAACCGGUACCACACAAGGAGCAAGUCAGACUGAGAAAGACCGAAAAAGGCAGGGAGAUGGAGCAACAACAACAGGUUGAAAUCGACUCAAAGUCAGGAGCAUACCCACCAGAACCAACAGAAUCAGGCGUGCACGGUAGAGAAAUCUACGUCACCAAGCAGAAGCAAACUCAAAAGGAACAACGAGGUGACCUUGAAAUUACGCGUAACAUCACAGCGACAGAGACCACUGACGUUGAGCAUAAAGCCAAGACUCAAGAGAGGGUAGUACAAGGGCAAGUCCUGCCAAGCACUCCACCUUUCUUUACCAAAAAAAUCCAGCCAGUCAGAGCCUUCGAAAAUGACCAAGCUAAGUUCGAGGUUGAGUUCGAUGGUGACCCGUUGCCAAAGAUUACUUGGUACAGAGAAAACUUCCCCAUCACCAGCUCGCCAGAUCUCAAGGUCUACACCUUCAGCACUAAGUCUAUUCUCCAGAUGAGACAAGUCUUUAUGGAAGACUCUGGAGUAUUCAGCGUUGUAGCUGAGAACCGAGGAGGUACUGCCAAAUGCAGCGCCAACUUGGUAGUCCAAGAAAGGCGCAGACAAGGAAGAGCCGGUGUUGUACCACCUAGCUUUACCACAACCAUCCAGAGUAACCAUGCUAAGGUUGGUCAACUUGUUAGAUUUGACGCCAGAAUUGAUGGAACUAAGCCCAUCGAUGUAUACUGGCUGAAGAAUGGCAAGAAAAUCACCCCGGACAUCAAAUACAAGAUCCUCGAGGAAGACGAGAUGUACACACUACUGAUACUGGAGGUAGCUCCUGAAGACAGCGGCAAGUACGAAUGUGUAGCCAUGAACAACGGUGGUGAAGCUAGAUGCGAAGCUGAAUGUAUCGUCCAAGGACCAACAACUCCGCAAAGACCAUCGAAGCCUACUACUCCUGGUACUGAAAAAGCACCAACUCUAGUAGAGCCUCUCAAAGAUCAGACCAUCAGGGAGGGGCAAUCCGUCGUAUUCAGAUGCAAGGUGACUGGCAAACCAACCCCAACUCCCAAAUGGCAAAAAGGAGACAAGGUCAUAAAACCAUCCAGAUACUUCCAGAUGGUCAAAGAAGGUGACUAUUGCGUGCUGAGGAUAACCGAAGCUUUCCCUGAAGACGAAGGGGUGUACCAAUGCAUAGUAGAGAAUCCAGUGGGCAAGGUGAGCACUCAGGCCCGUUUGAAGGUACUGGCUCCUGAAACCCAAGAAGUACCACCAUCUUUGACACCGAUGAAGGAUGUCAUUGUACCCGAAGGAAGCCCCGCACAGUUCAAAACCACUAUUUCUGGAAAGCCCAGACCCAACGUGCAGUGGCUUAGGGAGGGCUUCCUCAUACCGGAAUCGCCAGAUUUCCAGACGAUCCAAGAGGGUAACAACGCCAUCCUGUUGAUAUCCUCAACCUACGAAGAAGACUCUGGCACGUUCACAUGCAGAGCGACCUCCUCGGCAGGCCAAGUCGAGCGCUCCGCAAAGCUGAUCGUCAAAAGUCGUCCCGGAACAUUCCGCAAAUCCUCAAAGACUGAAGUGACAGGAAAAGAAGAGAUUACACAAUUCUCUAAGCAGCAAUAUGGACCAGCUGGUCCAGGAGGUCCUGGUAAGACUACACUCAGAGCUACACCAGGUUCAAAAGGAGGACAACCAUUGGAAGAAAAUGAACUUCCAGUUGGAGAUGAAACUUUACCAUGGCGGAGGAAAGUCGUUACCCAAAAAGCUACAACAAUAGACAAAAAGGUUACCAUCAAAGAUCAACUCGUUCACACAGCCGAUUCUGCGAUGCUGCGUAUUGAGGAAAGAGAAGAAACUGAUGAGUCUCGUCGUCUGACAGCUCAGAGUUGGAGGACACAGAGAGGUGAAAAAGAGGCUAUCGAUAGACGUGCCCAUGUUGAAGACACCACAAUGAUUUCCAUUGAAGAAAGAGAUCAGAUAGACCAAGCACAGAAGGAUACCUUGAAGAUGAAAGAUUGGCGCAAACUCCGAAGACCCCAAGAAGAUGUCGAUAGACGUACACACGUUGAGGACACAACUAUGAUAUCUAUAAAUGAACGUGAACGGGUGCAACAGGCUGAACAGGAAACUCUGCACAGAAGAGAUUGGCGAAAACCACGUGGUCCCAAGGAGGAUCUUGAUAAACGUACUCACGUGGAAGAUAUCACACUGAUUUCUCUAGAUAAGAGACAAAUGGAAACGGAAGAAGAAAAACUGAAAGCUAAAGAUUGGCGAAAACCUCAAAUACCUCAGAAGGAAAUCGAAAAGCCUGAGGUGAAGCCAUGGACAGCAGAAAAAGUCGUUCUACGGAAACCGUCUGCUGAUGUUAAACAGCUAACUGAAGAGCAGUUAGCCAAACUUCAACCUGCUGGUAAGCCCAAAGCAGUGCCUUGGACAGAAGAAAAAGUUAUGUUGCGGAAGCCAUCGGCUGAUGUUAAAGAGCUUACUGAAGAGCAGCUAGCCAAACUUCAGCCUACCGACAAACCUAAAGCUGUACCGUGGACUGAAGAAAAGGUGAUCCUGAGAAAACCAUCUGCUGAAGUGAAACCACUCACUGAAGAGCAGUUGGCAAAACUGCAACCUACUGAUAAACCCAAAGCAGUACCCUGGACAGAAGAAAAGGUGAUGUUGAGAAAGCCAUCUGCUGACGUGAAACCGCUCAGUGAAGAGCAGUUAGCUAAACUUCAACCUGCUGAUAAACCUAAGGCAACACCAUGGACAGAAGAAAAAGUGACAUUGAGAAAACCAUCUGCUGAUGUCAAGGAGCUUACUGAAGAGCAACUAGCUAGAUUGCAUCCAUCAGACAAGCCGAAAGCGGUCCCAUGGACAGAAGAAAAACUGGUUCUACGGAAAGCAUCCACUGAUGUUAAAGAGCUUACUGAGGAACAAUUGGAAAAGUUGAAGCCAUCUCAAAAACCAGAUACGAUACCUUGGACACAAGAAAAAGUAAAGCUUCGAAAAACAUCUCAGGAUGUCAAAGAAAUUCCAAAAGAGCAACUAGAAUCUGUUAGCUUGAAACCUGUAAAACUCGAAGGCAAGACUAUUGAAAUGCCUAAAGAUGAUUCUUUGAAACCAGUGGAAGGACAACCCGUAGAACUAGAUCAACGAAAACCGAAAGAGGAAAGUAUACCUUGGACCCAAGAAGCCGUCAAGCUCAAACACACUAAAGUAGAAAAGAAGGAGUUACCCAAAGAAACGAUUCCAGGAGUAAGUCUUAAGCACAAGACCGAAGAAGUUUCAGUAUUGGAAGUAUCUGAAGCGCAGAAAGACCUAACAAAAAAAGCGAAGCUAACUAAGGGAAAAGAGGUCAGAGAAGAUGUUAUAGAAGGUACUCAGAGACAGCAAGUAGUUGAAGACUCUACACACCUUAGACUAGAUGAAAAAGAGGUUGUCAAGUCGAAGGAAGAACUCCAGCCGAAGCUAUGGCGUCGUCCUAGGAAGGAGCUCAUGCCGGUAGAGGAGCAGGUCAAGCAACCAUCUCAGACUACGGUCGAAGUCGAGCAAGAUAACACAAAGAUUAUUAAGAAGAAACAAAUAACUGCGGAUAAGAUGGUCGAAGGUGCUCAGCGCCAAGAGAUGAUUGAAGACACCACUUUAUUGAAACUAGUUGAAACAGAAGCGGUCCAAACAAAAGAAGAAGUUGAAACAAGAGGCUGGCGUAAACCCAGGAAAGAAUUGAAGCCAGAUGAAGAGCUUAAACAGCCAUUGCAGCCAACUGAGCAUGUGCCAUGGACCGAGCAGAAGGUUGUUCUGAAGAAAACUGUGAAGGAACAGAAGGUUAUAGAAAAAGAAAAAUUGCCAGAAGUUGAACUGAAACAUCGCAAGGAAGAGACAACUAUAACAGAUACUGGUACCAAGCAGGAGGUGCAGCCUGAGACAAAGGAUUGGCGUAAGCCUAAAGAAAAGAAACCUGAAGCUGUAGAGGCUGUGAGUGAGAAAAAGCCUCAUGACGUACAACCACAAGAAGUGGUCUUACCAUGGGGUGAACAAAAAGUAACAGUCAAAAAGACUAAGGCAGAAAAGAUCGAAGAAAGAGAAGAGAUCGUUACCCAGCCAUUCAAAAAAGUCGAAGACGAAACCCAGAUAACUCUAGCUGCGAAGAAGGAAGAACGUGUUGAAGAAAAAGAGAAAAUUGAAACCAAAGAUUGGCGUCGACCAAUGAUACCAAGAGAAGAGCUACUUAAGCCACAAGAGAUGCCCACAGUUGUGCCAGGUGAAGCAGAAAUGAUUAAGCCAAAAGAGCGAAAACCGAAGGUUGAGGUACCAGUUGCUGAGGAAGUUAUCGCUUGGAAUAAACAAAAAAUUGAGCUGAAAAAAGCGCCUAAGGUCAAGAAGCCUGAGGUAGAGACAGAAGAAGAAGCAGUAACACUGAAACCAUUCAGGAAGCAUACAGAGAGUAUAGAGGAGAUUAAACCACAACUUGAAAAGGUUAAACCAAAGGAGACUGCUGAAAGUAUUAGUAAACCAGCUGAAGAAAUUAAGCCCCAACCAGAAGCUAAGCAGUGGAGAAAACUAAAAGUGAAAGAAGAAGAGAAGCCAACGGAAAAGGCUGCAAUAGAAAAAAGUCAUCCAGAAAAAGUGGCUGAGGAAGUUCAGCCGCAACCAGAAGUGAAGCCUUGGCGUAAGCCCAAAGAAGUAUCAGAAGAAAAGCCAAAGGAACAUAUUCCUGAGGAAGUUACACAACCUGUUCAAGAGAAAGAUCUACCUUGGACAGAACAAGUCAAAUUGAAGAAAGCAAAAACCAAAACACAACCUAUUCCAAAGGAAACAGUCGAAGAAGUUUUGCUUAAGCCAGUAAAAAGGACUGUAGGUCAGGCAUCAGAGACUACGGCAAAAGUUAGCGGAUUAGAACUUGAAGAGAUCCAUCCAGAAGUAGUAACAAUGAAAAAGAAACCAAAGGAAGAAAAACCAACAGAAGUUGCUAUGGAGGAAAAAUUACCUAAAGCACCUGAGAGGCCUGAAGUUAGACCAUGGCGGAAGCCGAAAGAGAAGAUAGAAGAAGUACUUCAACAAGUACCAGAUGAAGUAAAGGAAGAUAAACCGCAGCCAGAAGCUAAGCAAUGGGGAGAACUCAAAGAUGCGCCAGAACAAAAACUGGCAGAAGUAAUUGAAGUAAAACCUACAGAGGUCACUGAAGAAAAACCGAAAGAAGUCACUGAAGAAGUGAGAAAAGAAGUAGAAGAAAAGGUUGUUCCUUGGACAGAAGAAGCUGUAAAGCUAAAGAGAACAAAAGUUACGAAACUACCCCAGGAAAAAGAAAAAUUGGAGGAAGUUUCGCUUAAGCCCGUUAAGAAGCCUGAACAGCCGAAAGUUCAACUGUCUUCUUCAGAAGAAGAAGAGGAAGAAGAAAGGCGUGGUGAAGUUAAGAGAAUCAAAAAACGCAGGAAGCCUAGAAAGAAGGUGCAUGAAGAACAAGUACCAGAAAAGGAAACUGAGACUGUUGAUACUCGUCCAGAAAUUGCUAAGGAAGAAGACGUACCUAUAAAAGAAUCUGUGGUAGUGGAGACAAUAACAGAGGUUGAAGAUACUAUUGUUCUGAAAGUGUCUGAAGAGUUAGUACCAAGACCAAAGACAGCAAGGAGGAUAGAUAUAGAAGAAGCUGUAAUGAAAGAAGUAAAGCUCAAACCAACGCCUAAGAAGGAGAAAACCGAGACUUAUGAAUCCGAAUUUGAGAAGCCAGCUUUAAAACAUGUAAAACCUGAGGAAGCUGCAUCAGAAAAGGAAGUUGUGGAGAAAAGGAAAGUUAAGAAGCCGAAAAAAUAUGAAGAGCUCCCUGAAAUUGAGGAGCCAGAGAAGUAUGAACCAGAAAUAUUCGAAAAACCAGAAUUUGAGAAGCCCCAAAGGGAGAAGGAAGAAGCUGCACCUGCACCAUGGCGAAGGGAGGCUAAGCCUAAAAAAGAAGUACCUGAGGAGGAAAAAAUCCCACUAAAGAUUGGAAAAGGUAAGAUUCCAACCGAGAAGGAAGAAAAAGAUGACAUCAAGCUCAAGCCAGUCAAAAAAGGUGAGAGGCCAGAAAUCAAAAUACCUGAAGUAUCUAAGCCAAUGCCAAUCUCAGAUGUAGAUCAUAAGCCACGUGAGUACGAGAAGCCGGAAUUCAAAGUUACCCCUAAAGAGGAAGAAAAAGAGUUGGAAAUUGUUCAACUAGAAGGUAAAACGGUACUUCAAGAAAUACGCACAGAAGAACAACCUGUACCGGAAGAAAGAGCACCAUGGAGAAGAACGCCAAAGAAACCUACGGAGGAAGUUCCGGAGGAAAAAGUAUGGCCUGCAGGAAAAAGAAAACCUGCGCCUGAUGAAGAAACUCCUGAGAUAAAAUUGAAGCCAAUCCGCAAAGAAAAAGAAGAAGUUCCAACCUUCGUUACGGAGUUUGAAGAGGUAAAACGUGAAACUGCUACUUCAUAUGAUAUAAAGGAACGCGAAGACCAAUUGGAAGUCAAACCAACAGAAGACACUGAGACAGAGAUAAUCAAACGCAAAAAGACGAUAAUCAAAACAAAGAAGAAGGAUAAGGAUGUAGAAGAAGUAGAGCUACAGCCAACGGCUGUGGAAGAAGUGCCACUGCAACCUGCAGAUCAAGAAGUCCCACAACAGCCUGAAGUUAAAUCUUGGCGCAGAGGAAAACCAAAGGAAGAAAAACCAGCUGUUGAAGACGCAGCGCCAGAACUCAUACCAACCAAAGCUGAAGAAGUUGAGGAAGCUCCUGUUGCGCCCGUUGAGAAAUCAGAGAAAGAAAUUACAUUGGUAGACAAACGAAAGAAAGUUAAGAAGACAGAGAAGGUAGAAGAAAAGGUACCCGAUGAAGAAGUAACACCACUCACUAAAGACAUGGACGUCAAGAUAGCCUCCAAGAAAGUAACGCUUACUAAGAAGAAAACUGUAUCGUUUGAAGACACUCCUCAGCCAAUACCUGAGUUGGAAAUUAUAUCACAAAAGAGAACAACAGAAGUCACUGAUAAGGUUCCCGAUGAAAGCCUUAUCGAAGAUGUUGACAUCAAAGAAGAAAAGACUGUUCGCAAAUCGGUUGUAACCAAGAUGAUUCACGAAAAAGCAGAAAUCAAAACAAUCGCUCCUAGAUUUAGCAAGAGAGUAGAGCCCACAGUGGCAGAAAUUGGCAAGCCAGCACGUCUGACUUGCAAGGUUGAAGGAACGCCUUUCCCCGAAAUUACAUGGUACAAAAACGAAAAAGUUCUUCAUGCUACGGAAAGAAUGCUCAUCAACGUUGAUGAAAAUACUGUCACUUUGGAAUUCGACAAAGUUCAGCCUCAGGAUGUAGCUAUCUACUCUUGUAAAGCAUCCAAUCCCGCUGGAGUAGCGACAUCUACAGCCAACCUUGUCAUUUUAGAAAAAGAGGAAUCUGGCAUUGCGCCACAUUUCACACAACCACUGAAACCACAAAUCGUGAAAGAAGAAUCCAAAGCUACCUUAACCUGCACAGUGACUGGCCAGCCCACUCCUUUGGUCAAAUGGUUCAAGGACAAAACAGAAGUAAAACCUAACCGCGCUACAAAAGUAAGUUUCAAUCCAGAAACUGGAGUGGCUACCUUGGAGUUACUGAAACCUACUCCUGCAGACGAAACAUUCUACACAGUUGAAGCGAUGAAUAAGUUUGGAAAAGCAGAAUGUCGCGCUAACCUAGUCAUCACCAAAGCUGUGGAGGUGACACAUCCAGUGGUGAUGAGAGCUCCGAAGAUCACCAAGCCAAUCCAAGCGAUGACUGCGACUAACGAAGAAGAUAUUGUCCUUGAAGCUGAAUUUGAGGGAGUGCCUCACCCUGAAAUCACCUGGUUAAGGAAUGGGGUGGAAAUCAAACCUAGCGAGAGCUAUGAAAUAAAGACCGAUGACAAAAAGACUGUUUUAAGGGUGAUGAAAAAGGUUAGCAAAAAGCAAAAAGGAGGUAAAUACGAAGUCAGAGCUGUCAAUGAGAAAGGUGAAGCACGCUCUUCUGGUUCUGUCAAUAUCAUCGAACAAAAGACUGAAGCUCAACCACCCAAGUUCAUCGAACCAAUCAAACCUCAGAAAGCAACUGUAGGAGAUGUGAUCAUCUUAGAAGCUGUCACCGAAGCCAUUCCAGCUGCUACAUUCCAAUGGUUCCAUGACACUACCCCUAUAGAAUCUACCCCUGACAUGCGCAUUGUCACUGAAGAUAACAAGUCCAGCUUGAUAAUAAGCGAAGUAAAGCCAGAAUACGCUGGCCAGAUCACUUGCAGAGCAGAAAAUGCUGUCGGCUCGGUUACUUGCACAGCAACAGUCAACGUUACUGAGGAGACGGAAUGGGAAGAGACCCAGGAGGUCGAAUAUCCUAGAUUCGUUAAGAGGAUGUCACCUGUACGAGUAAUGGACGGAGAAAUGGUGAAAUUCAGUUGUGUAGUUACGGGCAAACCAAUUCCAAAGGUACAAUGGUACCAUAAUGACAUACCAGUGCGGGAAGCUAAGGACGUCGUCAUCACCCAAGACACAGAGGGCGUGUGUACCUUGCAGAUCGCAGAAGUCUUCCCAGAAAAUGCUGGAGAAUACACUUGUAAGGCAGUCAGUAGAGUUGGCGAGGCUACCUGUACCGCACCUCUUGCUGUUGAAUCCUAUGAAUAUGUACCUGAUUCAGAGCUGGCUCACUUAACGGGCUCUGAAGAAGACCUGCUAGCUGAUAAGACAAUCAGCGAGACUGACUUAAUUUCUGAUACUGAAGAGACUGCUCCUAAAAUCAUCCAGAAACUACCCGAAGUAGUGCACACCAAAGAUGGCGAUGUUACAAGACUGGAAGUAAUCGCAGUGGGUAAACCCAAGCCACAAGGCAAGUGGUUGAAGCAUGGCGAAGAAAUCAUUCCAUCCAACGAGUUUAUCAUUGAGAACCUGGAAGACGGAACUUCGAUUCUUACAAUUACCGAAGCUUAUCCAGACGACACAGGAGACAUUGUCUAUGAAGCACAUAACCCACUUGGUGUGGCUGUCACCACCACCCACUUACUUGUUGAAACACCACAAGGCAUUAUCGGUACCAAGGAGUACCGUAAGCCAGAAUGGGUAACUCACAUGGAAGAGCUAGAGGCUGCUUUAAAAGCUGCCCAGAGCCCCCCAACGUUUGUCAAGGAGAUCACGGACAUUCGAACUACAGAAGCGGACACGGUCAAAUUUGAAUGCAUGUUCUCUGGAACACCAACACCAGAUGUAAUAUGGUAUCAAAAUGACAAGAUCAUCCGCAACACGAAGCGUGUCAAGGUAAAGAUCGAAGACAACAGAACAAGUGUUACAAUUACAGACGUAACAAAUGACGACGUUGGUCAGUACACCUGCAAAGCUGUCAGCGAUCUAGGCACUACUGUAACCAAGGCGAAGCUAUAUGUGCAGGAAAUUCCAGAAAGCAAGAAGAAAGAACUCCGUAUCAAGAGGGCCAAAGAAGAAGAAGAAAGGGUGAAGAAGGAACGCGUUACUCUAGAGAAAAAGAGACUUGAGAGAAAGCAGCGCCUUUCCAGUGCUACUGAAGAGGAGAUUAAGCCUCUCCGUGUAACUGAGGUGCAACCUAUCGAAACGACAGAAGAGAUCACAGAGAAGCCAAAGGAAGAAGCUAAGGCGAGACCUACACUAGAUAUCCUAGAACCCUUGAGCACGGAGGCCGUUGCAACUGCUAAGAAAAUUGAUAAAUCGCCGGAAGGUGUGCCUUUGGAGAAAGCUAUGGAGAAGCUAUCUCCCGCAGAACCUACAUACUCUGAACAAAUCUUAGCUGAAGAAAUCAUAAAAGACAUUGCGAAGUUGAUACCGGCUUCUUUCCAAGCUAAGCCGGCAGUUCAAGAAGGCGUGUCUCAAUUUGCCGACAUCACCGAAAUCAAACUAGAACAGAUCAUCGAAAGAUGCGAGAAGAUCAUACACCAAGGUGAACUUAAAAUGGCGAAAGAAGUGUCUAGUACUUUGAACUUCAUCCGUGCCAAGGAGUUUGGACCUGGUGAAAGCCCCCUCAGAGAAAUCGCUGAAAUUGGUUACCUCCUAAGGAACGGCAUCACAGUCAAGGAAGUAACAGUGCUAUACGAAGAAGACAAAUUCCCAUCUUUAAAGUCACCACAUGCUCAGUCUGCUAUGGUAAAUGUUGUGGAGAGAAAAGGACACGGUGCAUUAAUUUCUGAAGUUAUAACUGAAGAAACUGGGGUAGACGAAAGCAAGUUAGCUGCCACGGUCGGAUUCAGGGCUUUCAUGAAGAUGGUCGAAGCUAACUACGUCACUAUCGAGGAAGUCAUCACUCAGUUUACACCUGAAGAUUUCAUUCAGCGUGCUUGGGAAUCAACUGAAGUCACAGAGACUACAAGCAAAACUGUAACGGAAACAGUGACGGUCACCGAAAAAGUAGAAGUCCUCAAGGAUUCUGGAAAAGUUAUCACCAAAAAAGUCACAAAGAAAGGAGAUUUAGAGGAAACCAUUGACGUUGAGGAAGAAACUGAACGUAAGAUCCAAGGAGAGAAGCAAGCUACAAAACUUCAUUCCGUUCAAAUAACGGAAAUUACAGAAGUACCCGAGUUGCCCGUUGACAAAGUGAUUACAGAGUCUAUUGCCGGAGAAAUAGAAUAUCCGAAACCAACUUACAAAGUUAUUGAACUGCCUGAGGAGGUCAGAGUAGAGGAAAUUGUAACCAAAACUGGUGCGAAAAAGAAAAGAAUUUUGACGAAGAGAGUAAUCAAGAAACAAGAGGGUGAUAAGCAGGAGAAAACUGAAAUAGUUACCGUCGAGGAAGAAGGCAAAAAACCAGAAACGACAGUUGUUGUUCAGGAGAUAUACAAACCUGAAGAAAUUGAGUACACUAUGCCUGUCUAUGAGGUUGAGAUGCUUCCAGAGGAAGUAAAAGUAGAAGAGAUGACGACGCCAGAAGGUACAAAGAAAAAACGAGUAGUGAAGAAGAAGGUAAUCAAAACGCAAAAGGGUGGAAAAGAGGAAAAAACAGAGAUAGUCACUAUAGAGGAGGAGGGAAAAAUACCUCAAACAUCAGUUGUUGUUUAUACGGCCGAUGAGAUAAAAUACCCUAAACCAACUUACAGCAUAGUUGAAUUACCUGAAGAAGUUAAAGAAGAAGAAGUAGUAACAAGAUGGGGUACUAAAAGGAAGAGGGUUGUCAAAAAGAGAGUUAUUAAAAAGCAAGAAGGUGAUAAGCAAGAAAGAACAGAAAUAGUUACCGUAGAGGAAGAGGGUAAGAAGCCAGAAACAACAGUAACCAUACAAGAAAUAUUCCAACCUGAAGAAAUAUUGUAUCCAAUUCCCGUAUACCAAGUAGAAGAACUUCCACGAGAAGUGAAGGUUGAAGAAAUUUUGACAUCCGAGGGUAAAAAGAAGAAACAAGUAAUAACCAAGCGUGUCAUCAAAAAGAAAAAGGAUGGAAGAGAAGAAAAAACCGAAAUAGUGACUGUUGAAGAAGAAGGAAAGAAGCCUCAAACAACAGUGUCUAUAUAUAAAGCUGAUGAAAUAGAAUACCCUAAGCCAACCUACUCCGUAGUAGAAUUGCCAGAAGAAGUAAAGGAAGAGGAAGUAGUGACAAGAUGGGGUGCCAAAAAGAAGAGGAUCGUAAAGAAGAGGGUCAUCAAAAAACAAGAAGGUGACAAGCAAGAAAAUACAGAAAUAGUGACCAUAGAAGAGGAAGGUAAGAGGCCACAGACAACAGUAAUUGUUCAGGAGAUAUUCCAACCUGAAGAAAUAGAGUAUCCAAUGCCUGUAUACCAAGUAGAGGAACUUCCAGAGGAAGUAAAGAUUGAGGAAGUUGUAACACCUGAGGGUAAGAAAAAGAAACUAGUUGUAAAGAAACGAGUUAUAAAGAAGAAAAAGGAUGGAGGAGAAGAAAAAACUGAAAUUGUGACUGUAGAAGAAGAAGGCAAGAUGCCUCAAACAACAGUUACUGUAUAUAAAGCCGAUGAAAUAGAAUAUCCUAAGCCAACGUACUCCAUAGUAGAGCUACCAGAAGAAGUAAAGGAGGAGGAAGUAGUGACAAGAUGGGGUGCUAAAAAGAAGAGGGUCGUUAAGAAGAGAGUCAUCAAAAAACAAGAAGGUGACAAGCAAGAAAAGACUGAAAUAGUGACCAUAGAAGAGGAAGGUAAGAAACCAGAGACAACCGUAACUGUUCAGGAGAUAUUCCAGCCCGAAGAAAUAGAGUAUGCAAUGCCGGUAUACCAAGUAGAGGAACUUCCAGAAGAAGUAAAGAUUGAGGAAGUUGUAACACCUGAGGGCAAGAAAAAGAGACAAGUUGUAAAGAAACGGGUUAUAAAGAAGAAAAAAGAUGGAAGAGAAGAAAAAACUGAAAUUGUGACUGUGGAAGAAGAAGGCAAGAUGCCUCAAACAACAGUGACUGUGUAUAAAGCCGAUGAAAUAGAAUAUCCUAAGCCAACGUACUCCAUAGUAGAGCUACCAGAAGAAGUAAAGGAGGAGGAAGUAGUGACAAGAUGGGGUGCUAAAAAGAAGAGGGUCGUUAAGAAGAGAGUCAUCAAAAAACAAGAAGGUGACAAGCAAGAAAAGACUGAAAUAGUGACCAUAGAAGAGGAAGGUAAGAAACCAGAGACAACCGUAACUGUUCAGGAGAUAUUCCAGCCCGAAGAAAUAGAGUAUGCAAUGCCGGUAUACCAAGUAGAGGAACUUCCAGAAGAAGUAAAGAUUGAGGAAGUUGUAACACCUGAGGGCAAGAAAAAGAGACAAGUUGUAAAGAAACGGGUUAUAAAGAAGAAAAAAGAUGGAAGAGAAGAAAAAACUGAAAUUGUGACUGUGGUAGAAGAAGGCAAGAUGCCUCAAACAACAGUGACUGUGUAUAAAGCCGAUGAAAUAGAAUAUCCUAAACCAAUGUACUCUAUAGUGGAGUUACCUGAAGAAGUCAAAGAAGAGGAAGUCGUAACCAGGUGGGGUGCUAAGAAGAAGAGAGUCGUGAAAAAGCGGGUUAUUAAAAAGCAAGUAGGUGACAAACAAGAAAAAACUGAAAUAGUCACUGUGGAAGAAGAAGAUAGACAACCUGUAGUGACUGUGACAGUACAAGAAAUGUUCAAACCUGAAGAAAUUGAAUACCCAAUGCCAGUUUACGAAGUGGAAGAGCUUCCUGAAGAGGUGAAAGUAGAAGAGAUUGUAACAUCUGAAGGUCAAAAGAAAAAAAAGAUAAUAAAGAAAAGGGUCAUCAGAAAACGGAAAGAUGGCGGAGAAGAAAAUACUGAAAUCAUCACAGUGGAAGAGGAGGGAAAAGUUCCUCAAACAAGCGUAACCGUUCAAACAUUCAAACCUGACGAAUUAACAUAUCCCAAACCAACUUAUACUGUGGAGGAAAUAGAAAAGAAGAAACUGGUAAAAAAACGAAGGAAUGAUAAAGAGGAAGUAGACAUCAAGGAGAUCGUAGAGGAGGAGGUCAUAAAGAAAGAGGAAAAAUUAACGAAAGAGAAGCAAGAAGUAGAAAUUGAGGAAAUAGUUGAGGAAACUGAAGGAGUGACAAAGAAGAAAAAGCCUGAAAGAAAACAAAAAGACAAACGUAUAAAAGAGAAGGAGGAAAUAGAAAUUGUAGAAGAGGAGGAAGAAGAAGUCAUUCGCAAAAAGCAACUAACUGCAAGGAGACCAAAAACUGGUGAGUACGAAAUAGACGAGGAAGAUGUUGAAGACAUCAAACCAUUCGAACUAUCUACACAGAAAGGUAUGCCUGUAUUAACUCCUACUACCAUUUCUGAAGCUCUAUGUACAGGAGAGGUAGUCCAGAUAGACCAAGAAUCAGAAAAGGUAAAGGCUACCAUGGAAGUUCUUCCACAUACCGCGCUGAUAGCAGAGCAUCAACAAACGCAUGAAACUGGAAUUUCUCGAGAAAAAAUACAAUUUACAACUGCUACAGCAACCCCUACUCUUGAUAAGCUAGAUGCUGUCCAAAUUUCAGAGCAACAGGUACAUGAUAUACCAGGGAAGUUUGACACAACCUUCAAACCCACUGCAUCUAGCGCCACAAAAGUCUUUGAAUCACGAGAAAGCAUUACAAUCCAAGAAAUAACUUUGGGCGACACACCUAGUGAGUUUCAAGAACAACAAGCGAUAGAAAACAAGGCUAUCCUUUCAGUUUUUCCACAGGAGGCGAAAUCUGUAUCUGAAACACAGGUAUCAAUGAGAGAGGAGGAGUUUAUUUCUCCAGACGUCACUUCAACAAAACCUCUUACGAUAAGUAUGGGUGGUUCAUAUUCUGAAGCAAUUUCCACAGCAGAAGUAACUCAUAUGCAUAAGACAUCAGAAGAAGGAAGAGCAGAUGUGGGCGUUAUCCCACACACAGCUAUUUUGGAAUCUCAAACACAAGCUGAGGAGAAAGAAACCACGAGUGACAGCGUGAGACCUACUACCGCUGAAGCUGAUAAAACAUUUGAUACCAUUGAAGCAUACCAAACUUCACAACCUACCGUUCACGAUGUUCCCAAGUAUUUCGAAGGUGAAUUCAAAGUCACCUCUAUGACAGCUUCAGAGGAGUAUGUCCCUCAAGAAGGAAUUAUUGUCGAAGAAGUUACAUCUGGAAGCUUCCCUUCAGAUCUUCCAAAAGAAACUCAAGUUACUGACUCAGCAUCUGUAUUAUUAAUUCCUCAAGAAGCGAAGCACAUAACACAAGUACAAGCAUCAGACAAAGAGCAACAUCUUGAUGAGUUUACUUCAGCUAAAGGCGUUACUGCUACAGGUUCGUUCACAACAAAAGAGAGUGUCAAUGUUGAAGAAGUGUAUCAAGGCUUCUCAGAAGAAAACUUAGAAACACCAGCACCUGUUGCUCAUAAGUCGAAAGUGAAAUUUGAAUCAAAGGAGCCACUCACAGUAGAAGAGAUACUGCCUAACAUCAAACCAGGAAAAUAUUUACCCGAGGCAUUUGUUCCAACUGAAGUGGCGACUAAAGCUGUCAUACCUCAAAAAUCAGUCAACCAGCAACAGACUGUAGCUCCUGAACUAGAAGGGGAAUUUAUACCUGGAAGACUGCCUCCUUCCCAAUCCGCAGAUGUAAGAAUCUUAACUGGAGAAGGAGUUAUUGUAUCUGAGACUACCACUUCAGAAAAGGAAGAGAAAUUCGAAUCAGCUCCUCAAAUAGUAUCUGUAACUGCAGAGACUGAUUUUGUUCUGUCCGAAGGAGUAACUGUAUCGGUUACUGAUACUCAACAGCCACAAACAGAGGUCAAAGCUGAGGAUGUUGAAAAACAAACAGCUCAGGUGGACUUCCUACCAAAGGAGUCUAUCGUCUCUCAGACGACGCUGAUCUCAGAAUCAGAAGGCGUUUACGAGAAAGUACCAACUGAGAUGAAAAGUGCUGAGGCUGACAUAACAUGCCUUCAAACCACAAGCCAGUCACAGGUUACUGUACAAGAUUCCGUAGAGAUUUUGCAACCAGGUGCAGUGCCUACCAAGGUUUUGGCUGAAUCCAGUUACUCUCCAAAGGAGUCUAUAACUGUGGAGCAGGUACAGACAGGCGACAUUCCAGAGCAAUUUAAGGACUACCCUACGAUGGUGACAGAUACUGCAUCACCAAGCUUAGAGACACAAGAAGCGGCGACAGUCACAGAGACACAGGCUGGAGAAUCGGAAACCAUGUACGAAGAGGUUCAGCCAGAAUUUAAAAACGUUGAAAGCGUACUGACAAAGCCUCAAGAACAAAUAGAGAUUGAACAAUCCCAAAUAUUGGAGAAGGAAAAGAGUUUACAGAGCUUCGAGUUACCAGAAUCCCAAAAAGGCAAAUCUGUAAAUGAAACUAUGUUACCUACUAGCAUGGUUGAAGAAACGCUGGCUGCACUUAGCACAGAUUAUUUGAAACAAGAAAAAGUUGAAGAAGGCAUAGCCAGCGUUAUGCACAGGAUAGAAAGUGAAGUUGUGACAUCUGAAACAGUACCUGGAGAAGGUUUUACAAGUAUUGACCAACAAGUGGCGGAGAACAAACAAGCUACUUCAGUAUUUCCUCCUCAAGAGGCUAUCAAUGUCACCGAAGUAGUACUAGAUGAUACUGGGAAACCCUACAUUCCUGAAGAACUAGCUCCUGGGAAGCAAGCGACCUUGGAUAUAUUGUCUCAGACAGUAGCAUGUAAAAGUUUUACAGAGAGUAGUUACGCUCCAGAAAAUCUAGAAGUAACUAAGCCGUCAGAAGCUACUGCUGUUUCUGAGCAAGAUGCUCUAGAAACUAUCGAAGUCACACAACAAAUCAUUGCAGAAAAAGAAACUGAACAUCUAGAGGUCAAACCAGAGAUGAAGAUAGCAGCCCUCGAAUUAGAAGAUAGCUUAACUGGUCCGAAUGUCUCACAAGUAAUUACUAGUGAGAAAGAAGAGCUAUAUGAAGAACAGCCAAAGCCAAAUGAAGCAUCAGCUACGUUCGAUUUAACAACUCAAGAAGUGAUUGUAAAGUCAGAGAUUGAAACAGUCGUGCAUGCUGAUAAUCUUGAAGAAGAAGCGCCACAAACCGGAAGAGCUUUCAAGUAUUCUAGACCGUUUACAGAAUUAGAGAUUACUGAGACAAAUGUGGUUGAAGUAGAAAAGAACUUAGCUCCUGAUGUCUUACCUUACUCAAAACAGGCACAUAUAGAUAUAUUGCCUGGUCAAGCUUUAUCAAUAACCGAAACAGUAACCGAUGAUAAAGAAGCGAAGUUAGACAUACCGGAAGUAGAGUCGACACUAGCUAGUAUCAACAUCGAUGAACAACAAGUUGCAUUACAAGAGCAGACAGUAGCUAAUGCGUUGACAGGAGAUUUGAAGAGAGAGUCUCCUGAAAAGCAGACGGCUCAUGCUCAGCAAGAUGUAUCGCUGCCUCUCCAACAACUGGAGUUCACUUUGUGUGAAACAGAAUCUGAUAAACCAGAAGACGUUAAACCAGAUCAAAAACAGGCGGGUGUAUGCUUCACGUCUACUGAAGGCGUUAGUGUCACUGAAGUCACUGUGGAUGAUAAGGAAAGUACCCUUCCUGGAAUGGUACUUCCUGAAAUGGUAACCGGUACUACAUCUAUACUACCACAAACGUCAGCAGUCACUGAAGAAGUUUCUGCAGAUCACUCAGUAGGAGAAUACGAGAAGUUGGAAUUCAGCACACAAAAUGCUGCACCAGAAUACAUUCCGAUAGAAAACGUAAUAUCUUCACAAUCAACAGUAUUCGAAAGUGAAGAUAAACUAUCAGAAGUUAAGCCUACUGAGAAGGUUGCACAGAGCGAAUAUACGGAAGCUACAGGUAUAUCAGUCACAACCGUUACAGCAGCUGUUAAAGAACAAGACUUGACAAGUGACAAACCAGAGAGUAAGACAGCAGAGAGUAGCUUGAUACCUCAAGAGAACCUUCAAGUACAGGAAACUAUUGUACAAGAUAUACUGUCAGCCCAUCAUGAAGUAGCUCCAGUCGAAGCACUAGCAAUAGCCAGUCAAUCUGAACUUCAAGGAGUCAUUCAAACAGAAGCAGUGGUAGGAGAGUCUGAAAUAACAUUGCAUGAUUCAGAACAGCCUGCUAGUCAGAAAGCUGGUAUUGAAUUCGAGAACAUUACCUCAAUUGAGGUAACACAAACAGUGGCAUCGGAGAGUGAAACCCUCUAUGAAAAACAGGACAUAGUGGAGGCCAAAACUGCUCUUCCAGACUAUAUUGCUCAACCAGUCGCAGAAACUAUUGUAACUUAUAUACAAGACACGACAAGAGACGUAUCCAAAGAGUCACCAUUUGAAGCACAUGCCCAAGUAGAUCACACGGUCAUAGAAACUUCUCUUCAAUCUAAGCCUUUCGUACAAGAAAGCGAAAAGUAUUUCGAAGAACAUGGUGUCGAAAAACAUACAGCUUCUACUGACAUCAUUGAAGACCAAGGCGUUACGGUUACUCAAGUCACGAGUAGUGAAACUGGGGCACCUUUAAGUGCAAUGGAGAUACCUUCAGAUAAGCUAGCUACAAUAGAAAUUGAGGCAUUAGGAACGAGUGUUCAAACAGAAGUCAAGUUUUCUGACAACAUACAACAAAUAGAAUUAGAAAAACCAUGUGAAGAGUCGGCCAAUCUAGAGAUUACCCCUCUUUCAGCACCUCUGCAACAAGAAACCCUUAUAUCAGAAAUAGGAAUUACCAGACCAGCAGAGGAAAAACCUGAUCAUAAGAGCGUCACAGUUUCAUUCAAUGAUAAUGAAAGUGUUAUUGUAGAAUCUGUCUUGACUCACGAAGCUGAAAAGCAAUUCACGGAUAAACCAUCAGAGAAAGCUUUUGCAGAAACGUCACUCACAGAUACCAAGAAUGUUGCUUCACAGAUGGAAUCAUUAGUCAGUUUCGCGAUUUCUCCUCUAGAUAUCUCUAAGCCUACCGAGCAGAGUGCAGAAAAAUCUGCAGUGCCAUUCGACUCUGCAGUAAUAACCCAACAAGUACUUGUAGACAGGGAAAUAGAUCUACCAGAAGCUGUUAAACAGACUCAAAUAAGCGCUUUGCUAGGCAUAGAGCCUGUUGAAGGUAUAACUACCACUGAAGCAGUGCUGGCGCAUAAAGAAAUUUCACUGGAUGAAUUUAAACUCCCAGACAGUCAAACAGCAACAACAGCACUUGAUAUUACAGGUAAAGUAGCAGAGUCGAACAUAACCGAAACAUCUGAAAGAGUAGAGACCUGUAAGACUUUACAACCAGAAAGUUACAAAGCAGAGAAGACUGAAGAUGCGUUGAUCGGCUUGACAGUCACAGAAAAUAUAUCGCAAGAACGUGAAGCAAUGUUUGAAGACAAGUUUGAACCAAUGACAGGUCAUGCAGACCUUGCGCUUGAAGGAUCUAAGCAAGAAAUUCAAGUCACAGAAGUCCAAUUCCAAGACAAGGAAGGAGACGUCAAAGAACAACAAGCUCCACAACAAGUCACUGCUGUUACUGAUAUUGACGUAAUGACGAUUCCAUCCCAAACUGAAGUCAUUUUACAGGAUACUCUCAAGGACAGAGUACCUUUCUCGAUGGAUACAACCACCGCUGACGUAACGCACAGUCCAUUACAUGAGCUUGUAGCUACACAACCUGACGUACAAGAAAAGGAAGGUGAAUUCAAACAAACUUUGGAUCUCACAGCAAAAACCGCAGAAACUGAGAUAGAAGUCAGCACGGUUGUAUGCACUACUGAAAUAAUUCCUGCUGAAAUAGAAUCAGGAUUCGUUGCUGAUAAGAACCCGCAAACCACUUCAGCCGAAGUUAUAAUUUCUCCAAAUAUCAGUUCACAAACAACAGAAGUGUUGACUAGCGCAAAUGUAUCAGAACUAGAGAUAGAAAAAAGUAAAGCUGCAUCAGCUGUAUCAGAACAUGAUACUUUGGAAUCUAUCACACAGACCGUACAGGUAGUGGUAGAAGAUACAAAACUAUUCGACAAGGAUGCUAAGCCUCAAACUUUGAUAGCGGAAGCAAAAUACGAUAUACUCUCUAGCCUGAAUGUUAGUGAAACUUACACGGAGGCAAGACCAGAAGAAUUCAAAGAAACACCAAGCAAAACAGAAACUGCAUCACCUCAACUGGAUGCCACCAAAGCUAUACAAACUUCUCAAGUUUUAGUCACAGAAGAUGUUACUACACUGCAAGUUGACAAGGGGGAUGAUGUUAAAGCUCAGGUCAAGGCACCCGAUGCUCUUGAGCUCGUGGAGAAGUCUGAAAACAUUGUACACGAAACAGAGAAGGAGCUUGAUCUGAAAGCACCAGUUGAAACCAAAAAGGCUGAAACCAUAUUCGAUCAAAUGUCAUCACUGCACGUUUCGGAGGUAACUAUUCAGCAAAAGGAGGACACAUUGCAGUCAGUAAAGCCAAAAGAAGAAACAUCUACUGCUGAAUUUAUACCGAACGUGCCUCUGGGUCAGUCCAUGGUGGUUUCUCAAGAUAGUUUUGACAAUCUAAAAACGGAAGUACCUACCUCUGAACAAGCUAGUGUUACACAGACGAGUCAUGACAGUGUGGUUGUCUCAGAGAGAGAUAUCCAAGAAAGCGAAGCCCCAUUUGUAAGAGCUCCAGUGGAAAGAAAAACGGUUGACGUCAUGCUUCUUCCCGAAGAACAUGUGAACAUCACUGAAACAGUCACGUCUGAGCGAGAAUCGAUGUUUAUCAAACCAGAAGAAGUCAAAACAUCUACUGCUGAAACAUCAGUCAUACCACAAACAGUGGCUGAGAUAACAGAAACCACAACCGAUCAAGACAUCAUUGAGCUCAAAAGGGAAACUCCAGAUCUCACAAAAGCUACUUCUGAGAAUAUACCUCAUAAAUCUGUUAGCAUUACUGAAACAGUGACAACUGAAAAGGAAACACUGCUGAGUGAGAAGGUAAAGCCAGACAAAACGUCUGCUGAUGUAACAUUGGAAGCCCCAGGCUCAAUAGCCUCGAUAAGCGAAGUAUUGGCAAGUACAACAGAAGAAACUCUUACCCAAGAGAGGCCGCAAACUGGAACCGCCACUCAAUCGUUCACAGAAUACAAAACCGUCCAAGAACAAGAUGUGAGAACAGAGGAAACAGCACCAGACUUCAAAGCAAGGAAAAUGGAGCUUUUCCAUAAAGCCACAUCACAAAAGGAUUCAUUCGAAAGCAUUAUUGCAACUGACGUUAUCGUCCAAGGUGACGCUAAAGACGUGCAAUUUGAAACUCCGUCUGGGAAAACAGCAACAGUCAAACUCAGCACGCACGAGAGCUUAACGGUAACUGAAGUCGAAGUUCAAGGUCAAACAGGCGAUCAUGUAGUAGAAGCAGCAGCUAGCGAAACAUCUGCUCAAAAAGAAGUGGAGAAAAGACCAACAGUGGUUAAUGAAGAAAUCACCACGCUAGAUACUCUCGAUGUUUUCGCACCAGAGAAACUUCUAAUUAAUAAAAUCAAACCAGAAUAUAGUAGCACUCCUCAUCAAAGCCUGAUAGUCACUGAGCAAGAGUCAACGGGCUCUCUAGCACUCUUGAAAGAAGAUAAACCAGUUACCAAAACUGGAAAAGUGGUACUGGGCGAAAUCACACCCAGCUUGCAAAUUAGCGAAGUAGUGUCACAUGAGGCCGAAGGCCCAAUGGAAGAAACACCAGCACACCAAACACGAGCCAUAGUAACACAAACCACCACACAGAUGACCGUUGCCGAACAACAUAGUACAGAUAUCCAACAGGACACUGAUACAGAAGAAAUACACGAAUUCGUAACUAGAUUCAAAUCGACACCUGAUAGUGAGGAAACUACCAGCGUUACAACAAAGCGGACCAUCGUCAAAAGCAAACACCAAGAAGAAGGAGGAAACAUGGUGAUAGAGGAGCUCAUUGACGAGUCUACACCUGAAAAACAAACUACACACACUGUGGAAAUAUCAGAAAUUGAAGACGACCAAAAGCGACCAAAGACUGAAGAAGAGCAGACUUGCUUGGUUGAAGAGCUUCCAGAAGAAACAACUGAGAUCAAACUGAGGACAAAGAUAAAGAAACGCGUUUCAAGAAAGGAAAUAGAUAAAGUAGAACUGGAAACAGAAGAAGAAUACAGUCAACCAACUUACACUGUUCAGGAACUUCCAGAAGAGGUUGAAGUGACUGAGCUAAUAACACCAGAAGGUGAGAAGAAGAAAAAAGUAGUUAAGAAACGUGUGGUAAAGAAACAAAAAGGUGACACACAGGAGCAAACAGAAAUAUUGACUGACAAGGAGGAGGGUAAGCAACCAGAGACAAUAAUGACUGUACAAGAGGUACAAGAACCUGAAGAAAUCGAACACCCCAUAGCAUUACACGAGGUAGAAGAACUGCCUGAAGUGGUGCAUGUCGAGGAAAUAACAACACCAGAAGGUAUAAGGAAGAAAAGGGUGAUAAAGAAGAGGAUUAUCAAAAAGGAGAAGCACGGUAAACAAGAAAAGACUGUGAUCGUGACUGUAGAGGAAGAAGGUAAAGCUCCGCAAACAACAGUGACUGUAGAAAAGGCUGACGAAAUCGAAUAUCCGAAGCCAACAUAUUCUAUAGUAGAAUUGCCAGAAGUAGUAGAAGAAGAAGAAUACAUUACCAAGACAGGCUCCAAGAAAAAGAGAAUCGUGAAGAAACGUGUGAUUAAGAAGCAAAAGGGAGACAAACAGGAAAAAACGGAAAUCGUCACGGUAGAAGAAGAAGGAAAGCAACCAGAAACGACAGUGACCGUAGAGGAGAUCCAGAAACCUGAGGAAUUAGAAUACAAUAUGCCCACUUUCGAAGUAGAGGAGCUUCCCGAGGAAGUAAAAGUGGAAGAGGUAAUAACGCCAGAGGGAAGAAUGAAGAAAAAAGUUAUAAAGAGAAGAGUAAUCAAAAAACAAAAGGACGGCAAGCAAGAGAAGACAGAGAUAGUGACUGUAGAGGAAGAGGGCAAAGUUCCCCAAACAACUGUGACUGUGGAAAAGGCUGACGAAAUCGAAUAUCCGAAGCCAACAUAUUCUAUAGUAGAAUUGCCAGAAGUAGUAGAAGAAGAAGAAUACAUUACCAAGACAGGCUCCAAGAAAAAGAGAAUCGUGAAGAAACGUGUGAUUAAGAAGCAAAAAGGAGACAAACAGGAAAAAACGGAAAUCGUCACGGUAGAAGAAGAAGGAAAGCAACCAGAGAUGACAGUGACCGUAGAGGAGAUCCAGAAACCUGAGGAAUUCGAAUACAGUAUGCCGACUUACGAAGUAGAGGAGCUUCCCGAGGAAGUAAAAGUGGAAGAGGUAAUAACGCCAGAAGGAAGAAGGAAGAAAAAAGUUAUAAAGAGAAGAGUAAUCAAAAAGCAAAAGGACGGCAAGCAAGAGAAGACAGAGAUAGUGACUGUAGAGGAAGAAGGCAAAGUUCCCCAAACAACUGUGACUGUAGAAAAAGCUGAUGAAGUAGAAUAUCCAAAGCCAACGCAGGCUGUAGUAGAAUUUCCAGAAGUAGUAGAAGAAGAAGAAUACAUUACCAAGACAGGCUCCAAGAAAAAGAGAAUCGUGAAGAAACGUGUGAUUAAGAAGCAAAAGGGAGACAAACAGGAAAAAACGGAAAUCGUCACGGUAGAAGAAGAAGGAAAGCAACCAGAGACGACAGUGACCAUAGAGGAGAUCCAGAAACCUGAGGAAUUAGAAUACAAUAUGCCCACUUACGAAGUAGAGGAGCUUCCCGAGGAAGUAAAAGUGGAAGAGGUAAUAACGCCAGAAGGAAGAAGGAAGAAAAAAGUUAUAAAGAGAAGAGUAAUCAAAAAGCAAAAGGACGGCAAGCAAGAGAAGACAGAGAUAGUGACUGUAGAGGAAGAGGGCAAAGUUCCCCAAACAACUGUGACUGUAGAAAAGGCUGACGAAAUCGAAUAUCCGAAGCCAACAUAUUCUAUAGUAGAAUUGCCAGAAGUAGUAGAAGAAGAAGAAUACAUUACCAAGACAGGCUCCAAGAAAAAGAGAAUCGUGAAGAAACGUGUGAUUAAGAAGCAAAAAGGAGACAAACAGGAAAAAACGGAAAUCGUCACGGUAGAAGAAGAAGGAAAGCAACCAGAGACGACAGUGACCGUAGAGGAGAUCCAGAAACCUGAGGAAUUCGAAUACAGUAUGCCGACUUACGAAGUAGAGGAGCUUCCCGAGGAAGUACAGGUGGAAGAGGUAAUAACGCCAGAAGGAAGAAGGAAGAAAAAAGUUAUAAAGAGAAGAGUAAUCAAAAAGCAAAAGGACGGCAAGCAAGAGAAGACAGAGAUAGUGACUGUAGAGGAAGAAGGCAAAGUUCCCCAAACAACUGUGACUGUAGAAAAAGCUGAUGAAGUAGAAUAUCCAAAGCCAACGCAGGCUGUAGUAGAAUUGCCAGAAGUAGUAGAAGAAGAAGAAUACAUUACCAAGACAGGCUCCAAGAAAAAGAGAAUCGUGAAGAAACGUGUGAUUAAGAAGCAAAAGGGAGACAAACGGGAAAAAACGGAAAUCGUCACGGUAGAAGAAGAAGGAAAGCAACCAGAGACGACAGUGACCGUAGAGGAGAUCCAGAAACCUGAGGAAUUAGAAUACAAUAUGCCCACUUUCGAAGUAGAGGAGCUUCCCGAGGAAGUAAAAGUGGAAGAGGUAAUAACGCCAGAAGGAACAAUGAAGAAAAAAGUUAUAAAGAGAAGAGUAAUCAAAAAACAAAAGGACGGCAAGCAAGAGAAGACAGAGAUAGUGACUGUAGAGGAAGAGGGCAAAGUUCCCCAAACAACUGUGACUGUAGAAAAGGCUGACGAAAUCGAAUAUCCGAAGCCAACGUAUUCUAUAGUAGAAUUGCCAGAAGUAGUAGAAGAAGAAGAAUACAUUACCAAGACAGGCUCCAAGAAAAAGAGAACCGUGAAGAAACGUGUGAUUAAGAAGCAAAAGGGAGACAAACAGGAAAAAACGGAAAUCGUCACGGUAGAAGAAGAAGGAAAGCAACCAGAGACGACAGUGACCGUAGAGGAGAUCCAGAAACCUGAGGAAUUAGAAUACAAUAUGCCCACUUUCGAAGUAGAGGAGCUUCCCGAGGAAGUAAAAGUGGAAGAGGUAAUAACGCCAGAGGGAAGAAUGAAGAAAAAAGUUAUAAAGAGAAGAGUAAUAAAAAAACAAAAGGACGGCAAGCAAGAGAAGACAGAGGUAGUGACUGUAGAGGAAGAGGGCAAAGUUCCCCAAACAACUGUGACUGUGGAAAAGGCUGACGAAAUCGAAUAUCCGAAGCCAACAUAUUCUAUAGUAGAAUUGCCAGAAGUAGUAGAAGAAGAAGAAUACAUUACCAAGACAGGCUCCAAGAAAAAGAGAAUCGUGAAGAAACGUGUGAUUAAAAAGCAAAAGGGAGACAAACAGGAAAAAACGGAAAUCGUCACGGUAGAAGAAGAAGGAAAGCAACCAGAGACGACAGUGACCGUAGAGGAGAUCCAGAAACCUGAGGAAUUCGAAUACAGUAUGCCGACUUACGAAGUAGAGGAGCUUCCCGAGGAAGUAAAAGUGGAAGAGGUAAUAACGCCAGAAGGAAGAAGGAAGAAAAAAGUUAUAAAGAGAAGAGUAAUCAAAAAGCAAAAGGACGGCAAGCAAGAGAAGACAGAGAUAGUGACUGUAGAGGAAGAGGGAAAAGUUCCCCAAACAACUGUGACUGUAGAAAAAGCUGAUGAAGUAGAAUAUCCAAAGCCAACGCAGGCUGUAGUAGAAUUGCCAGAAGUAGUAAAAGAAGAAGAAUACAUUACCAAGACAGGCUCCAAGAAAAAGAGAAUCGUGAAGAAACGUGUGAUUAAAAAGCAAAAGGGAGACAAACAGGAAAAAACGGAAAUCGUCACAGUAGAAGAAGAAGGAAAGCAACCAGCGACGACAGUGACCAUAGAGGAAAUCCAGAAACCUGAGGAAUUAGAAUACAAUAUGCCCACUUACGAAGUAGAGGAGCUUCCCGAGGAAGUAAAAGUGGAAGAGGUAAUCACGCCAGAAGGAAGACGGAAGAAAAAAGUUAUAAAGAGAAGAGUAAUCAAAAAGCAAAAGGACGGCAAGCAAGAGAAGACAGAGAUAGUGACUGUAGAGGAAGAGGGCAAAGUUCCCCAAACAACUGUGACUGUGGAAAAGGCUGACGAAAUCGAAUAUCCGAAGCCAACAUAUUCUAUAGUAGAAUUGCCAGAAGUAGUAGAAGAAGAAGAAUACAUUACCAAGACAGGCUCCAAGAAAAAGAGAAUCGUGAAGAAACGUGUGAUUAAAAAGCAAAAGGGAGACAAACAGGAAAAAACGGAAAUCGUCACGGUAGAAGAAGAAGGAAAGCAACCAGAGACGACAGUGACCGUAGAGGAGAUCCAGAAACCUGAGGAAUUCGAAUACAGUACGCCGACUUACGAAGUAGAGGAGCUUCCCGAGGAAGUAAAAGUGGAAGAGGUAAUAACGCCAGAAGGAAGAAGGAAGAAAAAAGUUAUAAAGAGAAGAGUAAUCAAAAAGCAAAAGGACGGCAAGCAAGAGAAGACAGAGAUAGUGACUGUAGAGGAAGAGGGAAAAGUUCCCCAAACAACUGUGACUGUAGAAAAAGCUGAUGAAGUAGAAUAUCCAAAGCCAACGCAGGCUGUAGUAGAAUUGCCAGAAGUAGUAGAAGAAGAAGAAUACAUUACCAAGACAGGCUCCAAGAAAAAGAGAAUCGUGAAGAAACGUGUGAUUAAAAAGCAAAAGGGAGACAAACAGGAAAAAACGGAAAUCGUCACAGUAGAAGAAGAAGGAAAGCAACCAGCGACGACAGUGACCAUAGAGGAAAUCCAGAAACCUGAGGAAUUAGAAUACAAUAUGCCCACUUACGAAGUAGAGGAGCUUCCCGAGGAAGUAAAAGUGGAAGAGGUAAUCACGCCAGAAGGAAGACGGAAGAAAAAAGUUAUAAAGAGAAGAGUAAUCAAAAAGCAAAAGGACGGCAAGCAAGAGAAGACAGAGAUAGUGACUGUAGAGGAAGAGGGCAAAGUUCCCCAAACAACUGUGACUGUGGAAAAGGCUGACGAAAUCGAAUAUCCGAAGCCAACAUAUUCUAUAGUAGAAUUGCCAGAAGUAGUAGAAGAAGAAGAAUUCAUUACCAAGACAGGCUCCAAGAAAAAGAGAAUCGUGAAGAAACGUGUGAUUAAAAAGCAAAAGGGAGACAAACAGGAAAAAACGGAAAUCGUCACGGUAGAAGAAGAAGGAAAGCAACCAGAGACGACAGUGACCGUAGAGGAGAUCCAGAAACCUGAGGAAUUAGAAUACAAUAUGCCCACUUACGAAGUAGAGGAGCUUCCCGAGGAAGUAAAAGUGGAAGAGGUAAUAACGCCAGAAGGAAGACGGAAGAAAAAAGUUAUAAAGAGAAGAGUAAUCAAAAAGCAAAAGGACGGCAAGCAAGAGAAGACAGAGAUAGUGACUGUAGAGGAAGAGGGAAAAGUUCCCCAAACAACUGUGACUGUCGAAAAAGCUGAUGAAGUAGAAUAUCCAAAGCCAACACAGGCUGUAGUAGAAUUGCCAGAGGAAAUCACAGAAGAGGAAUACACGACCAAGACUGGCGCCAAAAGGAAGAAAACUGUUAGAAAACGCGUAAUUAAGAAGCAAAAAGGUGACAAACAGGAAAAUACGGAGAUAGUCACGGUAGAAGAGGAAGGUAAACAACUAGAAGCUACAGUAACCAUAGUGGAGAUUCAAAAGCCUGAACAGCUAGAAUACACAAUACCUACCUUCGAAGUAGAAGAGCUUCCUGAAGAAGUAGAGGUAACUGAGGUUACCACACCGGAAGGCAAAAAAAAGAAGAAAGUAGUUAAGAGGAGAGUAAUCAAGAAACAGAAAGGUGGCAAGCAAGAGAAAACUGAAAUUGUAACUGUCGAGGAGGAAGGCAUAGGACCACAAACUACUGUCACUGUCGAAGAAAUCGAAAAGCCUGAAGAGCUUGUAUAUCCUAUGCCAGCGUAUGCUGUAGAAGAACUUCCUGAAGAGGUAGAAGUAACUGAAGUUACAACACCGGAAGGCAAAAAGAAGAAGACGGUAGUUAAGAGGGGAGUAAUCAAGAAACAGAAGGGUGACAAGCAAGAGAAAACUGAAAUUGUAACUGUCGAGGAGGAAGGCAAAGGACCACAAACUACUGUCACUGUCGAAGAAAUCGAAAAGCCCGAAGAGCUUGGGUAUCCUAUACCAGCGUAUGCUGUAGAGGAACUUCCUGAAGAGGUAGAAGUAACUGAAGUUACAACACCGGAAGGCAAAAAGAAGAAGACGGUAGUUAAGAGGAGAGUAAUCAAGAAACAGAAGGGUGACAAGCAAGAGAAAACUGAAAUUGUAACUGUCGAGGAGGAAGGCAAAGGAUCACAAACUACUGUCACUGUCGAAGAAAUCGAAAAGCCCGAAGAGCUUGGGUAUCCUAUGCCAGCGUAUGCUGUAGAGGAACUUCCUGAAGAGGUAGAAGUAACUGAAGUUACAACACCGGAAGGCAAAAAGAAGAAGACGGUAGUUAAGAGGAGAGUAAUCAAGAAACAGAAGGGUGAAAAGCAAGAGAAAACUGAAAUUGUCACUGUCGAGGAGGAAGGCAAAGGACCACAAACUACUGUCACUGUCGAAGAAAUCGAAAAGCCUGAAGAGCUUGGGUAUCCUAUGCCAGCAUAUGCGGUAGAGGAACUUCCUGUAGAGGUAGAAGUAACUGAAGUUACCACACCGGAAGGCAAAAAGAAGAAAGUAGUUAAGAGGAGAGUAAUCAAGAAACAGAAAGGUGACAAGCAAGAGAAAACUGAAAUUGUAACUGUCGAGGAGAAAGGCAAAGGACCACAAACUACUGUCACUGUCGAAGAAAUCGAAAAGCCUGAAGAGCUUGGGUAUCCUAUGCCAGCAUAUGCUGUAGAGGAACUUCCUGUAGAGGUAGAAGUAACUGAAGUUACCACACCGGAAGGCAAAAAGAAGAAGACGGUAGUUAAGAGGAGAGUAAUCAAGAAACAGAAGGGUGACAAGCAAGAGAAAACUGAAAUUGUAACUGUCGAGGAGGAAGGCAAAGGACCACAAACUACUGUCACUGUCGAAGAAAUUGAAAAGCCUGAAGAGCUUGGGUAUCCUAUGCCAGCUUAUGCUGUAGAGGAACUUCCUGAAGAGGUAGAAGUAACUGAAGUUACAACACCGGAAGGCAAAAAGAAGAAGACGGUAGUUAAGAGGAGAGUAAUCAAGAAACAGAAGGGUGACAAGCAAGAGAAAACUGAAAUUGUAACUGUCGAGGAGGAAGGCAAAGGACCACAAACUACUGUCACUGUCGAAGAAAUCGAAAAGCCUGAAGAGCUUGGGUAUCCUAUGCCAGCUUAUGCUGUAGAGGAACUUCCUGAAGAGAUAGAAGUAACUGAAGUUACAACACCGGAAGGCAAAAAGAAGAAGAAAGUAGUUAAGAGGAGAGUAAUCAAGAAACAGAAAGGUGACAAGCAAGAGAAAACUGAAAUUGUAACUGUCGAGGAGGAAGGCAAAAAACCACAAACUACUGUCACUGUCAAAGAAAUCGAAAAGCCUGAAGAGCUUGGGUAUCCUAUGCCAGCUUAUGCUGUAGAGGAACUUCCUGAAGAAGUAGAGGUAAUUGAAAUGAUAACACCGGAAGGCAAAAAGAAAAGGAAAGUUGUUAAGAAGAGGAUAAUCAAGAAACAGAAAGGUGACAAGCAAGAGAAAACUGAAAUCGUAACCGUCGAGGAGGAAGGCAAAGGACCACAAACUACUGUCACUGUCGAAGAAAUCGAAAAACCUGAAGAGCUGGGGUAUCCUAUGCCAGCUUAUGCUGUAGAGGAACUUCCUGAAGAGGUAGAGGUAAUUGAAGUUACAACACCGCAAGGCAAAAAGAAGAAGAAGGUAGUUAAGAGGAGAGUAAUCAAGAAGCAGAAGGGUGACAAGCAAGAGAAAACUGAAAUUGUAACUGUCGAGGAGGAAGGCAAAGGACCACAAACUACUGUCACUGUCAAAGAAAUCGAAAAGCCUGAAGAACUUGGAUACCUCAUGCCAGCUUAUGCUGUAGAGGAACUUCCUGAAGAGGUGGAGGUAACUGAAAUUAUAACACCGGAAGGCAAAAAGAAAAGGAAAGUUGUUAAGAAGAGGAUAAUCAAGAAACAGAAAGGUGACAAGCAAGAGAAAACUGAAAUCGUAACUGUCGAGGAGGAAGGUAAAGGACCACAAACUACUGUCACUGUCGAAGAAUUUGAAAAGCCUGAAGAGCUUGGGUAUCCUAUGCCAGCUUAUGCUGUAGAGGAACUUCCUGAAGAAGUAGAAGUAAUUGAAGUUACAACACCGCAAGGCAAAAAGAAGAAGAAGGUAGUUAAGAGGAGAGUAAUCAAGAAACAAAAGGGUGACAAGCAAGAGAAAACUGAAAUUGUAACUGUCGAGGAGGACGGCAAAAAACCACAAACUACUGUCACUGUCAAAGAAAUCGAAAAGCCUGAAGAGCUUGGAUACCUCAUGCCAGCUUAUGCUGUAGAGGAACUUCCUGAAGAGGUGGAGUUAAUUGAAGUCACAACUCCAGAAGGCAAACAUAAGAAGAAAGUUGUUAAGAAGAGGGUUAUCAAGACACAGAAAGGAGAAAAGCAAGAAAAAACUGAAAUUUUAACUAUCGAGGAAGAAGGCAAAGAGCCAGAGACUAUAGUCACUGUCGAAGAAAUUAAAAAGCAAAAAGAGCUUGAAUACCUCAUGCCAGCGUAUACGGUAGAGGAGCUUCCCGAAGAAGUGGAGGUAACUGAGGUCACAACACCAGAAGGGAAGAAAAAGAAAGUUACUAGGAAGAGGGUUAUCAAGAAACAGAAAGGUGAUAAGCAAGAAAAUACUGAAAUUGUAACUGUUGAGGAGGAAGGCAAAAAGCCACAAAUUACUGUGACUGUAGAGGAGGUUGAGAUGCCUGGGUCGAAGAGAAAGAAAAUGAAAAAACCGAUGGAAGAUGAAAAACAUAUUGAGGAACCGCUCGAAGAAGAAAAGUUUUUGUUUGUUCCCUCUUUAGCUGAAAAAGAGAAAAUUCCCACAGAAGAGGAUAUUUUAAAGCUGCUAAAGAUCGAGAUCAUAAGAAAAAUUUUAUCGCAUGCGCUACCAGAUUUGCCAUAUUCGCUGGACUUACCAUUGAGUCAAUGUGGAAUUAUCACUGAAUAUCCAGAAGAGUCUGAAACACGUAAACUUCCGGGUGGGAAGCUGGAAUUAAUAAAGAAAAGGAAGUUAAAAAAGGAGAAGGGCAACAAAAACGAACUUAUCCAUAUUACAGCUUCCGAAAAGCCAGGUGAAAAGCCGGAGCACUCCAUCUCAAUAGAUGAGAUCAGUAAAGUCAUUAAUAUUGUUGAUCGACCUACAGCGACUUUGAUUGAAUUGCCAGAAGAUACCGAUAUAGUAGUGAGUACUGCUACGAAAACUCCCACAAAGAAGGUCGUAAAACGAAGGACUCUUCUCAAACCAGUUGGUUCAAAAGUUGAAGUAAUUGAAAUAAUUACGACAACAGACGAUGGCAAAGAGCCUACGACAACAGUAAAAAUCAAGAUGUAUCCAGAAGACAAACCUAAAAAGAAAGUACUUAAAAAGCACUUCGCCGAGGUCAUAGAAGUCACACCGAACAAGCCUGACGUGAUUGAAAAAGACCAACUUCCCUUGCUCAGUCAAAUGAAGUUGAGGAAGCCUAAAGCGAAGCCUAGCAAGCCUAAGGAGGUCAAGUUCCCUAAGGUACGCUUAGCAAGUAGAAUCCGCCAUAUUACUUUCCCUACAGAGUCUGAGCAAGAGCGCAAACCUUCAAUAACUCACCUUCCUCUUUAUGUCAGGGACCAAGGAGUUCUAUCUCGCAAUGUUGAAGAAGCCAAACAAGUCUUGAAGAAGAAAAAGUAUAAGAAAUUCAAGGACAUUGAUCGAGAGUCGCCCGAACUAGAGAAGCUAGAGAAAUUCGAAUUCCCAGCAGAAGAAAGGCCUGAAGAAGUUGAAACCAGUAAGCCCUAUGAGAAAAAGUCUAAACAGACGAAGGAAGGGAAAGAAGAGGGGGUGGGUAUCAAAUUAGGAAAGGGAAAAGUUCCAAAUGAUCAGGAAGAGCUUGAAAAAGUGCAGCUGAAGAAGACAUCGAAAAAACCAUCUGAUGAAGAAGAGACAGAUGCUGAAAAACCAAUAAAGGAUGGCAAAUCAGUUGAAACCCCUAGAUUUAAAAAGGACUAUGAUGAUGUCGGAGGUCUUGAAUUCGAGCCAUAUGAUAUGGAUAUGCCAGAAAGAGAUCAAGAUGAGUCAGAGAAAUAUGAGAGUCCAGAAGAUACAACAGAGAAACAUAAACCAGGUAGCAAACGUAUUCGUAAGCCGAAAAGGGAGAAACUACCAGAGUCAGAGGUAUCAAAGAUUAAGCUAGGUAAAGGUGCGAAAGUGCCACCUAUGUCGGAUGAGGAAGUAGAAUUCAAACCAAAGCAAAAACCUCAUCUCGAGUCAGAUGAAGAGAAGACCAAACUGAAGCCAUUGAAGAAGAACGAUGAGGAUCACGAUGAAUACAAAAUAGAAGAGAUUAAAGGCUUGAUGAAGUUACAAAAGGUAAAGGUGAUUGAAUUACCAGAAGAGGUAAUCGAACUUACUGAGAAGACGCCUGAAGGCAAAACAGUAAAGAAAGUUAUUAAACGAAGGGUUAUAAAGAAAAAACGUGGUCCAGUUAAGGAAAAAACUACGAUUGACACCAUCACGCCUGAAGGAGGUAUCCCAGAAAUAAUUGUAACCUUUGAAGCUGACGAAGAAGAUGUAGAGGUGCAUGAUGCAAUAGAACUCACAGAGAUUCCAGAAGAAGUUAUAGACGUAACUGAUAUCGAUGAGAACGGUGUAGCAAAAUCUAAGAAAUUAAAGAAGAGGGUAUAUAAGAAGCAAACUGAUAAAGGUCAAGAGGUUACAGAGAUACUUACAACGUGCGAAGAAGGCAAUCCGCCACAAACAAGUGUAGUAGUGUAUAUCACUGAUGUGGAUGGAGUGACUGCUAAGCCCAAAGAUGUCAAACAGAAGGUGCCUAAAAAGCAUAUUGCUAAGUUAGUGGAAGUCAAACCAAGUAAAGCUGUUGUAAUUGAAAAAGAUGAGCUUCCUCUGUUGAGCCAAAUGAAAUUGAAGAAGCCAAAAGCUAAGCAAAUCAAACCUAAAGAGGCUAAAUUCCCUAAGGUACGUUUAGCCAGCAGAAUUCGCCAUAUCCCUUUCCCUCCAGAGUUAGAGCAAGAGAAGACUCCUAUAAUAACUACUCUUCCUCUUUAUGUCAAAGACCAUGGAGUCUUGUCUCGCAACGUUGAAGAAGCUAAACAAGCUUUGAAAAAGAAGAAGUACAAAAAAUUUAAGGACAUUGAUCGAGCAUCACCAGAAUUAGAGCAGUUGGAGAAAUUUGAGUUCCCAGAAGAAGAGAAGCCUGGGAAAGAUGAAACUAAGAAGCCCUAUGAGAAAACGCCCAAAAAGCCGAAGGAAGGAGAAGAAAAGUCAACAGGCAUAAAACUGGGCAAGGGAAAAGUUCCAAAAGACCAGGAAGAGCUUGAAAAGGUUCAGCUGAAAAAGAUCCCGGCGAGACCCUCUGGAGAAGAAGAAACCGAUGCUGAAAAACCGAAGAAGAAGGAAAAACCAGUUAAAAGGCUCAAAGAUGAAAAGGAUCAUGAUUAUGUUGAAGGUCCUAAAUUUGAACCUUUUGAUGCAGAUAUGCCCGAAAGAAACCUAGAUGACUUGGAAAAAGACGAAGGUCCAGGUGAUACAAGAGAAGAACGUAAGUCAGGCUCCAAAUAUGUUAGAAAACCUAGAAAGGAAAAUCUGCCAGAGACUGAAGAAUCAAAGAUAGAUAUAGGAGAAGGAAAGAAAGUGCCACCUACAUCAAACGAAGAUGUACAAUUUAAGCCGAAACAGAAACCUCCUCCUGAGACUGAAGACGAGGAGAUAAGACUGAAGCCUUUCAAGAAAGACGAGGUACAUGAAGAAUAUAAAACAAUAGAGCUUAAAGAUUUGAUGAAGCUACAAAGAUCAAGGGUAAUUGAAUUGCCUGAAGAGACAAUAGAAAUCACUGAAAAGACUCCUCAAGGAAAAACUGUAAAAAAAGUUAUUAAGCGAAGAGUUAUAAAGACAAAACGUGGUCCAGUCAAGGAAAAAACUACCAUCGAUACCAUCACUCGUGAAGAGGGUGCGCCAGAAGUUGUAGUGACUCAGAAAAUUGAUGAAGAAGAUGUGGACGUUCAUGAAGCAACUGAACUCUUUGAACUUCCGGAAGAGGUUACCGAGGUAACCGAUGUUGAUGAGAAAGGUAUACCAACAGUAAGGAAAGUAAAGAAGAGAACUUAUAAGAAGAAAACUGAUAAAGGUCAUGAAGUCACUGAAAUACUGACCACAUCUGAAGAAGGUAAACCAUCACAAACAUGCGUAGUUAUAUACAACACAGAACCUGACAUCGAUGACACAGAAGAAGAAACCACUAUACCAAUCAAAUCAUUAAAAAAAUCGAAAGCCAAGCCCACAGUUAUAACACAGACAUCAAAAACUAUAACAGAAACCUACACUUCUGAAUCCACACAGGAAACACCUUUGGGUUCAUUUGACGAAGACAUCAUAAAAGCCAAGGGUAAAGUUGUGCAGGAUGUGAGAGAAUCGGUACUGAUAGAAGCUAUUCAGACACAAAAACCGAUAGAAGAUGUUCGGGAGCCUAUUUUUGUUGAGGAAUUGCCAGAGGAAGUUGAAGUUGUUCAAACCAUCGAGAAAGGAAUACCUAAAAGAAAGACUAUCAAGAAGAGAGUGAUCAAGAAGACUAAGGGCGGCACGCAAGAACUAACUGAAAUUGUAACGGUGGAAGAAGAUGGUAAAAUGCCUCAAGUAGCAGUGAAAGUUGAAGAGAUAGAAUUUCUGGAAGAAGAAAGUAAGGCUAUACCCUCGAAAAAGCCUAAAACUGUAGGUGCAACAUUGGUAGAAGAACUGCCUGCCGAGGUUACAGUAACCACAGUUCAGACAAAAGAAGGACCUAAAGAAGUAAUUCAAAAGAAAAGGAUAUUGAAAAAGAGAAAAGGAAACAAACAAGAAACCACUGAAAUUUUGACUGUUACUGAAGAAGGUAAAGAGCCUCAAUCGACUGUGAUAAUACAAGAAAUUGAGAUACCUGAAGAAGAAGAGGUGGUACCUACAAUACCAACAGUAGUAGAGGAGCUACCUGAAGAAAUAACUGUUACUAGAAUAGAUACGAAGGAAGGUCCUAAAACUAAAACCAUCAAAAAGAAAGUGCUUAAGAAACGAAAGGGUAGUAAACAGGAAACUACAGAAAUUAUUGUUACUGAAGAGGAGGGUAAGAUGCCUCAGACCUCCAUUACUGUACACGAGGCUGAAGUAACGUAUGAAGAAACUCCAGAAAUGGGAAAACACUCAGUACAGGUUGAAGAGCUCCCUGAAGAAGUAGCUACCGAAAUGGUUCAUACCACUGAAGGUCUGAAAAAGGCAGUCACCAGAAAGAAGAUAAUCAGAAAACGAAAAGGUGAUAAACAAGAAACUACUCAGAUUUUGACAGUUGAAGUUGAAGGUCAAAAGCCUGUUUCUAGUGUUACUGUUGUAGAGGAGGAAAUUCCGGAAGAAUUUGAAAUCAAUGUCACAAAAACCUUGAAACCCAGUGUUGUGAUUGAGCUACCAGAAGAAGUGGUUUCUACUGAGGUUCAAACAAAACAGGGACCAAAACUGAAAACUAUCAAGAAAAGGGUACUCAAAAAGAGGAAGGGAGAUAAGCAAGAAGUCACAGAGAUAUGUGUUGUCGAAGAAGAAGGCAAAGAACCACAAACAACGGUCACUAUCGAAGAAAUACCAGAGGAAUUAGUAGAGGUUCCGGAAGAAUAUACUGUGGCUGAAGAAUUACCUGAAGAGGUGAAAGUUAUUAUCACAGAAACAAGUGAGGGUCCAAAAAAACAGGUCACUCGCAAGAAGGUCAUACGUAAGAAAGAAGGUGAUAAACAAAAAGUAACUGAAAUCUUUAUUGUUGAAGAAGAAGGCAAGCAACCUCAGACUACCGUGACUGUUGAAGAAAUUGAUUCAUCCAAGCCAGUUCCUAAAAAGUCAAAAAAGCCGAAGAAGAAGAAGGAGGAGCAGCCCUUGAUGUCAGAUGACGGUAUACUGUUUGUACCAACACUUGCCCAAAAAGAAGAUGAAGGUGGGAUUAUUGAAAUGGUUCAACUGGAACUGCUUAGGAAAGCGAUGGCCAAAGCUCUACCAGAGAGAGAAGAACAGCCUGACUACAUUGUAGAAAUGCCGGAACAAAUACAAAUAUUCGAAGACACACCCAAGAAAAAAACGAUAAAGAAGAAAAUAAUCAAGAAAAGGAAAGGAGAUAAAGAAGAGAUCACUGAAAUACUCACUGUUGAGGAACAAGGAAAAGCGCCAGAGAGCACAGUGACAAUUGAAGAGGUUGACGUACCUAUUGAAGAAAUCCAGGAAACUCCUGAAAUACCAGCUCUUGCCACAGUCAUAGAAGAAGCUCCUGAAGAAAUUCAAGUCACCAUGGUAGAUACCAAAGAAGGUCCCAAAAAGAAGGUCGUGAAAAAGAAGGUAUAUCGAAAGCGCAAAGGUAGUAUGGAGGAAAGAACCUACGUUGUGUCAGAAGAGAUAGCAGGCAAACAUCCGCAAACCUCAAUUGUGAUAGAAGAAGUUCCAAUAGUAGAAGAGGUUGUCUACGGAAAAGCCACAUACGUUGAGUUGCCAGAAGAGGUUCAAGUAAUUGAGGAAUUGACGCCUCGUGGAUCAAAACAAAAAACAAUUAAAAAGAAGGUAAUAAAGAAACAAAAGGGUAACAAGCAGGAAGUUACCACAUUCACCACAGUAGAAGAGGAUGGUAAGCAACCACAGACAACUGUAGUUAUAGAAGAAAUAAGUGCACCUCUUGACAUAGUUUCUGAGCAACCUGAACAGCCUAUAGUAGAGGAACCUGAAGAAAUUAGAGUUGUUGGUAAGAGCGUCAUUAAGAACAAAGUACUGAAGAAACGGAAAGGAAGUAAGAGUGAGGUGAUUCAUAUUGUCACUGUAGAGGAAGAAGGCAAAACUCCUCAAAGUACUGUUACAAUAGAAGAAAUAGACGUUCCCGAUGAGAAGCUGGAAGAACUACAGGAACCAGUAAUAAUCGAGGAACUUCCCGAGGAGGUUAAAGAAAUUGAGAUCAUUCCAAAGGUCGGAAAACCGAAAAAGCAAACAGUGAAAACCAAGUUCAUCAAAAAGCGAAAAGGAAGCAAACAAGAAGACAUCAAAAUAUAUACCGUUGAAGAAGAAGGUAAAAUGCCAUCUACCACCGUGACUGUGGAAGAAAGAGAAAUUCUCAGCGAAUUACUAGAGGAACUACCUUCCACUCCAACGUGCAUGCCAGCUUACAUAGAAGAGCUUCCUGAAGAAGUAACUGUUCUUGAAGUAGAUGUGCAAGAUCAUCCAAGGAAAAUACAAAGAAAACGAGUGAUUAAGAAACCCAAAGGCACAAAGGAUGAGGUUAUUGAAAUUGUGACUAUCGAAGAGGAAGGAAAGAAACCACAAAUGGCUGUAACCAUAGAAGAAGUGGAAGUGGUGCCCAAAAAGAAGGUUAUAAAGAAAAAGAAACCAAAGCAGAAGCCAGAGAAGCCAAGCGAGGAAGAAAUUCCAACUGAAGAAGAAAAGCCACUGGAAGAAGAAAAGCCGAAAAAGCUUCGAAGAGAAGUGUCAGUUUUGAUGCCUAUCGAAAGAAAGGAAAUCAAACCUCAAAAGGCAAAGAUAGUCGACAGCAGAGAUGUUCCUACUUUUGCAGAUAUUAAACUGAGGAAACCUAAGGCACCUGCUAAGAAGGAAGUGAAAACCAAGAUGCCUAAAUUUUUACUAAAGAGCAGAAUCAAUUACGUUGAAUUCCCACCAUUAAACGAAAAAGAACUACUGCCAAGGAUUUCUUUCUUAGAACCAGUUUAUCGAGACAAUGGAGUUUUGUCAAGAAAUGUAAAGGAAGCAGAAAGGAUUCCUAAAACCAAAAAGAGGAGGCUAAGAGACAAAGAUUUGGAUUUGAAAGAAUUGGAAAGGUUGGAUCAGGAAGUAGAAGAGCUUAAAAAGAAACCUCUAGAAGCUGUUGAAGAUGCCUUCCGGUUUGAAAAGCAAGCUAGAAGGAAAUCAGAAGCAAAAGAAGAACCUAAGAAACUUGAGAUCAAAAAAGGUAAAAUUCCGAAACCUGAAGAUAAGGAAGAUACUGUCAAACUGAAGCCUGUACCAAAGAAACCUCAAGAGAUUGCUGAGGAAGAAGAAAAGAAGGUUAAGAAGGAGGAACCAGUCAAGGAUAAAAAGCCAAAGAAAAAGGAGGACGAAGAAGGCGAUAAAAUCAAAUUCACUCCAUUCGAUAUAGAGAGAGAGUCUCCUGAAAAAGAAGAGUAUGAAUCUUUGCAGGAAGAAGGAACACCAGAAGAUGUAUCAGGUCCAGAUAAACCAAAGAGGAUAAAGCAAAAGAAAGCAAAACCUGUACCAGAAACAGGAGGAAUAGAGAUCAUCAAGGGAGUACCAAAACCUGCGGGCGAAGAAGAACAGCCAGAUAUUACUCUCAAAUACAAACAGAAGCCAAAGCCUGAAGAGACUCCCGACGACAUCAAACUCAAGCCAUUCAAAGGUGAAAAAGAAGAAAAGUUAUACAAGGUCGAGAUCGAAACAGUGAUGAAACAUACUGCAACGGUCAUAUUAAUUCCGGAAGAUGAAGAAGAGGUUGAAAAAACGGAUAAGGUGAUCAAAAAGAAGAAGGUUGUCAAGAAGAAAGUCAAAACUAAGCCAGACGAAGAAUUACCAACAGAAUUACCAGGAGAAGAAGAGGAUCAACUUGUGAUAGGCGAAGGAGAAGAAAAACCUGCAGAAACUGCUCUAGUGCUUGAAGGUGAAAUUGUAGAAGAAACUACUACUAUAAAGAAAAUAAUGAAGAAGAAGAAGCCUAAAGAUGAAGAAGCGCCUGUACCAGAAAUGCCAGAACCGGAACUAGUGACACCUGAAACGGCUGAAAAGGAAGAAGUAGUAGUUGAGGAGACAACUGAAACCGUGAAGAAAAUCAAGAAAAAGAAACCAAAGGAUAAAGAAACUCCCACGCAGGAGUUAGACAAAUUGGUGCCAGAGCUAGAAGAGAUUCCAAAAUUACUCGAGAAGAAAAAACCUAUUCUGAUGACUGUGGAGCAUAAAGUGAUAGAAUGGCAAAAAGCGUCGGUGACUACUCCAGAGGAAGCAGUGAAACUUGCGGACAUAAAACUGAAAAAACCAAAGGUUCCCAGAAAGGUCGAGCCAAAAUCGGUCAAACUUCCGAAGUUCUUGCUCAAGAGCCGAAUUGUACAUGUAGAGUUUCCUCCAAAGCAAGAAGUAUUCCGGUUACCUUCUGUCAAGCAACUUCCUCCUGUCUAUAGAGAUAAUGGUAUACUGUCAAGGAAUAUGGCAGAAGCCGAAACUAUCAAAAAGAAACGACACCCUCGCGUUAAGGACAUCGAAAAAGAUAUUAAAGAGCUUGAAAAAAUAGACCUGGAGUUCGAAGAGAUCAAAAAGCAAGAGCUUGAAAAAGUAGACGACGAGUUCAAGUACGUCAAGAAACCUAAAGAGAAACCUGAAAAGAAAGAAGAUGAGAAAAAACUGAAGAUUGGAAAAGGAAAAGUUCCCGAACAGGCAGAAAAAGAAGAAAAGAUUACGUUAAAGAAGAUUCCUAAGAAGAAACUGGAACAAGCUGAUGAGGUUGAAAAGAAACCUCAGUUUGCUGAAUUCGAAGAAAUCGAGGAGCCAAAAGAAAAAGAAACAGAAACAACUGUAAAACCAUUUGAGCCUUUUGAUAUUGGCAGGGAGUCUCCAGAAUUAGAUAAAUAUGAGCCUGCACCUCCAGAAGCAGAAGAAGAGAAACCUGGCGUUGAAAAGAAGGUAAAGAAAGUCAAGAAACCAAAAGAAAAACCGAAGCCAGAUACCGAAGAGCUUCUGCUACAAAAAGGUGUACCUAAACCUGCCGAGGAAGAAGAAACGCCAGAUAUACAACUCAAGUAUAAACAGAAACCCAAACCAGAAGAAAAAGAAGAAGGAAUGGAAUUGAAGCCUUUCAAAAAAGAGGAAGAACAAGAAAUUCAUAAGCCCAGUGAGUAUCUGAUACAGCCUCAAACUUCCAAAAUUAUUUAUAUCAAAGAAGAUGAAGAAGAUGUUGAAGAAACGACAGUUGUAACGAAGAAGGUAAGAAAAGUGAAAAAGCCUAAGGAAAAUAAACAGGAAGAAGCACCACAGAUAAAGGAGCAUGCAGAAAUUUCAGAGGUCGUUAUUGAAGAACAACAAGAGGUUAUUGAAGAAAAACCAAGAGAGAUUGUGCCAGAAGUCAGCCCUGAGGUAGAGAAGGUUACAACAGAAAAAGUUAAAAGUGUUAAGAAACCUAAAAAGAAGGUUCCUGACGAGAUUGAAGAGCCUAAGGUUGAAAAAGAAAAGCAUAUUUUGAUGAAGAUUCAACGUAUUGAAGUUAAGAAACCCCAAAUUCCAGUGGUCACUGAAGUGAAGCCAGAAUUUGCUGAAAUAAAAUUGAAGAAGGCAAAGAUUCCGACACAGAAAAGGGUGUCUGAGGUAAAAGUACCGAAAGUUAUGCUUAAAAGUAGGAUGGAACUGCUCGGCUUUCCUCCUGAAACACAGAAAGAACAGAAGGCGGUCGUCACUGAGUUGGAACCAGUGUAUAGAGAUAACGGUAUAUUGUCCAGAAAUGUUGAUGAGGCAGCAACUGUGAAGCCAAAGAAAAAGAAACUUGUAAAACGCGUUAAAGAACUUGAAAAACUCGAUAAAGAGUUCGAGGAACUUAAGCAGCAACAGAAGCCAGAAGAAGUAGAUGAAGCCUUCAGAAAGAGACCGAAAAAGAAGUCAAAGGAGAAACCUGUGUUGAUGAAAAUAGUCAGGGUAGAAGUUGUCGCACAAAAGCCUAAAAUAGUUGAAAUUGAGCCAGAGAAAGUUAAUUUAGCUGAAAUAAAACUGAAGAAACCGAAAGCACCUCCGAAGAAGGAAGAUGCAGGUGUUAAAAUACCUAAAUUUAAACUGAAAAGUAGAAUCGUUUGGGUUGACUUCCCUCCAAUGUCUGAGGUACUACAAAAGCUCAAUGUGACUGAAAUGGAUGUUGUCAGAGAUAAUGGCAUUCUAUCUAGAAAUGUAGAAGAAGCGGAGAAAAUCAAGAAGACCAAAAUCAAAAAGAUCAAGAAGCCUAAGAAAGAGCUGACGGAGCUUGAGAAGCUGGAUCUUGAAUUUGAUGAACUCAAAAAGCAAGAGCUUGAAAAGAUAGAUGAUGCAUUUAAAUACCAAAGAAAACCUAAAGAAAAACCAGAGGAAUUGAAAGAAGAGAUCAAGCCUAUGAAGAUAGGUAAAGGUAAGAUACCUGAGGAGAAAGAUGAGCAUGAGGACAUCAAAUUGAAAAAGGUUAAACCAAAACCAACAGAAACUGAAGAAAUAGCUGAAGAAAAGCCGAAACCAAAGGUAGAGGAAACAGAAAAACCGAAAGUACCGGAGGAGGGAGAGUCAGUUAAAGGACCUAAAUUUGAACCAUUCGACAUCGAUCGGGAAGAUGUUGAUCUUCUUGACCGCGAGACAGCUUCUCCAGAGGAAGAAAGCAAAGAGAAAAUUCCUAAAGACAAAACAAAGUAUGUCAGAAAAAAGAAAGAAAAGCCCGCUCCUGAAGCUCCAGAACUUAUUAUUAAAAAGGGAGUUCCGAAAAAGCCAGACGAAGAAAAAGAGGAUGAAGUUACUUUCAAAAUACCUCGUAAAGACAAACCUAAAGAGGAUGUUGAAGACAUCAAGUUGAGACCAAUCAAAAAACCAGAAAAGAAAGAAGAGUAUAUUACUAUGGAAGUGGAAGGACCUGAAAAGCCUACACAAAAAGUUAUAGAAAUUAAACCAGACGAAAACGAAACUAUAACAAUUGAGAUCAAGGAUAAAGUUAAGAAAAAGGUCGUCAAGAAAAAGAAACCUGAAAAAGAACGAGCGUCUUCAGAGGAAGAAGCUCCUGAAGUAGUAACUGAAGAAGAAAUGAAACCUGAACCCACAAAAGAAGAGGUUGUGGAUGAGGCACCUAAAAAGAAGCCAAGCGAGGAAAAGGAAGAUGAAGUCACACCCAAAAUGCCACGUAAAGGAAAACCAGAACCAGAAGUGGAAGACAUUAAGUUGAAACCAUUUAAGAAGCCAGGAAAGGAGGAAGAGACCUUCACUGUAAAAGUAGAGGCUAUUGACAAACCAACGCAGAAGGUUAUUGAAAUCAAAGCAGACGAAGAAGAAUCCACUGAGAUAGAGAUAACGGAUAAAACGAAGAAGAAAGUGAUCAAGAAAAAGAAGCCCGAAAAAGAGAAGCUGCCUUCCGAAGAAGAGAAACCUGAACAGAUACGCGCUGAAGAAGAAACUCCUGUUUGGCCACAAGGAGGAGAGCAAGAAGAUAUACCUAAGCGUACGGAAAUUGAGGAGCGCGAACCAUCUGAAGAAAUUAGGAAGAAACCUGAAGCAGAGGCAGAGGUGACUCCAGCAGAAACGAAAUAUACAAAACCGGCGGAGGUACCUGAAAAAAUGGAGGAGAAGCCAAAGAAAGUUCAAAAACUCGUUGAAAAGAAAAAGAAAGGCGAAAUGCCAAAAUUUUUGCUCAAGAGCAGAAUUAAGUAUGUUGACUUCCCUCCUUUGUCUGAAGCAGAAACCAAACCGGUCGUAAGUACUUUGGAACCAGUUGUAAGGGACAACGGUGUACUGUCUAGAAACGUUGAGGAAGCAGCAAAGGUCAAACCCAAACGCAAGAAGCCAAAACUACCAGAUUUAGAAAAGCUUGAUAAGGAAUACGACGAAGCGAAGAAAGACAUCGAAAUGGUAGAUGAUGUAUUCAAAGCCAAGCCAGAGAAGAAGAAGAAAGCCAAGCCCAUCAAAAUGGAAGUUAUUCGUGUCAAUGUUACUGUCCAUAAGGCCAAAGUCGUAGAAAUCGUUCCUGAGAAGGUUAACCUGGCCGAAAUAAAGCUGAAGAAACCUAAGGCACCUCAGAAGCAAGAGCCAGAAGGUGUCAAAAUACCUAAGUUCAAACUAAAGAGUCGUAUAAAUUAUGUCGACUUCCCUCCUAUUACAGAGAUAUUACAGAAGCCACAAAUAACAGAAAUAGGUGCAGUACGUGAUAACGGAAUUAUAUCAAGGAACAUAGAAGAGGCUAAGAAGCUGAAAAAGAAAAAAGUAAAGAAGAUGAAGGAUAUAGAUAGGGACUUGGAAGAUUUAGAAAAGCUUGACUUGGAAUUUGAGGAACUCAAGAAGACAAAACCAGAAAAACUUGACGAAGCGUUCAAAUACGAAAGAAAACCUAAAGAAAAGCCGGAAGUUCCUGAAGAUGUAAUUGUUCCACUAAAAAUUGGCAAAGGAAAAGCUCCAGAAAAAACAGAGGAAGAAGAAGAAGUCAAACUCAAGCGAAGACCAGGAAAACUAGUAGAAGAAAGUCCUGAAGAUGUCGCGAAAGAGAAGAAAAUCAAGGUUGCACCUGGUGAAACAAAGGAAACUGAAGACAAAGCGAAAAUUGAAGGUCCUCCAUUUGAACCCUUCAAAUUCGAACGCGAAUCAUCUGAAAAACUUGAGCUUGAGCUGCCUGAGCAGGAGGAACCAGACACUGAUAAGCCUAAGAAGGACAAAUCCAAAUACAAACCCAAAAAGAAGGAAAAACCUGAACAGGAAACUGAAUCAAUGACAAUUACUAAAGGUAUGCCUAAACCUCCAUUUGAGGAAGAACAUCCGGAAGUUAAAUUCAAGAUUCCGAAAAAAGAUAAGCCUGAAGAACAACCUGAAGCAAUUACCUUGAAGCCAUUCAAAAAGGAAGAUGAAAAGAUUGAGUUCAAACCUGAAGUUGUAUUCGUAGAAUGGCAAACUACAAAAGUAGUGAUAAUUCCAAGGGAUGAGUCAAGUGAGGAAGAGGAAAUAAAGGUAGAGAAGAAGGUGAAGAAGAUAAUCAAGAAGAAGAAGAAGGACAAGCCUGAAGAAGAGAAACCAACUGAGGAGGAAAGGCCUGUAGAAGAGAAGCCUGUCGAAGAGCUGUUACCUGAAAAACUUGAAGAAGAAGAAGAUACUUCAACCGUGAUCUUAAAACGAAAGAAAUCUGUUCUAAAACCUGCAGAAGAAGAAGAAGCUCCAGAAGUCAAGCUGGUCCUUGAAAAACCAAGACCUUUGGAACCUGAAGAAGUCGAAGAAGUCGCGGCAGAACUGGUACUUAGGAAAGAAAAGCCAGUACCUAAGGCAGAGGAUGUCGAAGAACUAACUAUCAAGAAGCAACCAGAGGUUGAAGAAGAAGAAGAAGUUACCAUCCAAACAGUAACAAAGAAAAAGAUCAGGAAACCUAAAGAAGUGAAGCCAGAACAGGAGGAAGUCAAGCCUGUGGAAACUGCGGUUGAAGAGAUAAAACCACAAGACGUAGAAGCGCCAAAGCUGGAAGAAUUUGCUUCCGAAGAAGUAAAACCGUUAGAAGUUAAACCAGAGGAGAAAGUUGCUGAGGAGGAAACUCCCCAGCAAGUUGUCAUCAAAAAGAAAAAGGUUCCGAAGAAAGAAGUUGAAAGUACAGUAGAAGCUAAAAUGGCAUUACCUAAGAAAAAAGAGCAAGAAGAAAGUAAAGUAUCAGUAGAUACUGUUUUGAAAAUUAAACCUGAAGAAGCUCCAGAAGUACUCACUGAACCACUUGAUACUGAAGCUGAAUUUACGAUUGUGGAAAAACCAAAAGAUAAAGUACCUGAGACACCGGUGGAGGAAGUUACUGAGGAAAUUGUGAUCAAAAAGAAGAAAAAGAAGCCUGUGGUAACCGAAGAACCCGAAGCUGAGAUAACAUUAAAGAAGGGCAGUCCCAAAGAAGAUGAAACAGAAUAUACGGUGGAAGAAGCAGAGGUCACCAUCAAACCUAAGAAGAGGAAGCCUGCUGUAGAAGAAGUUGCUGCGGCUGAAAUAACAAUAAAGAAGGAACCAGAUGAAGAAUCUGGCGUAACCAUCGAAGAAAUUAUCGAAGAAAUACCUGAAAGAGAAGCAAAACCUGAUGAAGAAACUGCUGCUGUGAUAAAGUCUCCUAAAGAAGAAGAAGAAGAAGAGGUAGUAACUGUCAAAAAGACCAAGAAGAAACCUAAACCAAAAGACGAAGCAAAGGAUGAGGUAACGGUAAAAAAAGUGGUCCCUGUGCAAGAAGAUGAUGAAGAAGUUGAGGUUGCUUUCAAAUCUCCAAUUACGGAGGGGGAAGAGACCUUAAAAAUACCUAAGCCUAAGCCUAAACACGACGAUGAAGGAGAGGAUGAAGUUACUAUCAAGAAGAUAGUACCAAAAACAAAGAAAGAUGAAGAAGAAGAAACUGAAGCAGUCAUCAAACUGCCGGUAGAAGAAACAGAAGAAAAGGUACUUGUCAAGAAACCAAAGAAGAAAGUUAAACCCGAAGAUGAAGGAGAGGCUGAGAUAACUGUCAAAAAGGUAGUACCAGUUCCAAAGGACGAAUCUGAAGAAGAAACUGAAGAAACAGUCAAGCCGCCAGUAAAAGAGGUAGAGGAAGAAGUGACAAUCAAGAAGCCGAAGAAGAAGGUUAGACCUGUUGAUGAAGAAGAAGAUGGAUUAACAGUAAAAAGGAUACUGCCGGUUGCUAAAGACGAAAAAGAGAGUGAAUUCACUAUAAAGCCACCAGAUGAAGAAGUAGAAGGAGAAGUCACUAUCAAGAAACCUAAGAAGAAGGUCAAACCUGCUGAUGAAGCGGAGGCAGAAAUAACAGUCAAGAAAAUAGUACCUGUCCCUGAAGAUCAGGGUGAAGAGAAAGAUGAGAUCGAAGCAGAGGUUACAAUAAAGAAGAAGAAAGAAAAACCGGAUGAUGUUUCGGCUGACAUUAAAACCAAACCAGAGAAGAUAGCUGAAGCUAAAGAUGAUUCUGAUGAAAUCACGGUAAAGAGACUUAAACCAGUUAGAAGGCCAUCUGAACCAGAAGAAAAGGAAGAACCAGAGGUUGUUGAAACUGUAACGUUCAGACCCAAAAAGACCAAGAAGAAGGAGGAUGUCGAGCAAGAAUUCAAGAUAUCUUUGGAUUCUUACGCCGAAGAGGAAAUCACCCUAUCCACAAAAGUCAAAAUCAAGCCUAAGAAACAAAAAACAUUCUCUGAAGAAACAGCUGAGGAAUCUGUUAAGGUCACUCAAGAAGUAGAAGACGAAGGUCCUGCUAUUGAAGAAAUCAUCGAUGAAGGGUCUGCAGAUGAAGCGCCUGUUGAGGAUGAUGUGUCAGAGAGCUUCCAUGUUGCCUUCAAACGAAGACCAUCCAGGAAGUAUUCAGUGGUUGAAGAAGAUGAGGAAUCUAUCAGCUUCAAGCCACUGAAGAAAACUGAAGAAGUGGAAGCCGAAAGCGCUGUAGUCACGUUGAAGCCGAAGAGGAAGGAGUCCGUAGUGGUGGACCAGGAGGCUGCAUCGCUAAGUAUAGUUCAAGAAAAGGAAGAAGAAAUCGAAGUCAUCCAUGAAGAAGAAGUAGUCGAGGGAGAUAUUUACUACUGCAUCACCAUUUAUGAUGCUGAAGCAGACCAAGCAAUUGAUUUAGUAGAAGGCGAAAAGGUAUUCGUCAUAGACACUUCCGAUGACUCGGGAUGGUGGCUGGUCAAGAAGCAUUUGACUGAGGAGACGGGAUAUGCGCCAUCUAAGAUUCUCAUGACUGAAGAACAGUACACUCAGUACGUUCUAAGGAAGCUUAAUGAAAAAAUCGAUAAGCUACCUGUCCUAGAAAAACCUAAAGCGUCGGACAAAACUUCAGCGCCCAAAUUCACCAAGAAACUGCAACCAAUCACCACUCCCGAUGGAUACACAGUUCAGUUCGAAUGCAGUAUUGAAGGUUUUCCAAGACCUCAAGUCACCUGGUUCAGGCAAACCCAAAUUAUCAAAGAGUCGAAAGACUUCCGAAUAUUCUACAAUGAAGAAAACGUUGCUACUUUAGUCAUUAAGGAAGUCUUCCCGGAGGAUGCUGGAUCAUUUACCUGCGUGGCCAAGAAUUCAGUUGGGUUUGCUUCUUGUACCACUGAGCUGAUUGUCGAACAUCCACUAUCUCAACAUGGUACAGAUCUUAGUCCUAAAUCUAUAUCAAGAAAGAAAAUGUCAAGAACUACAACCACCUGUGAUAUAGUAGAAGGUAUUCCGCCUACUUUCACCAGGAAACCCAAACCACAAUGCAUUCCAGAAGAAGAAGAUAUUGCUGUGGAGAGCGUUUUGACAGCUGCCCCGCAACCUGAGAUUAAAUGGUACAAAAACGGUAAACGUAUCACAACGAAGAACAAUGUUACCAUUACAACCACAUCUGAAACACACACUUACUACAAGACUGUCUUGAAGAUCAAGAAGACUACCAAGAAGCAGGAAGGGCGUUACAAAAUCGUUGCGAAGAACACUGAAGGAGAAUCUUCAGUCGAGUUCACUUUGAAGGUCACCUCUAAGGACAAAGAACCUCCUGAGGUUGUAGAGCCUCUAGCUUCUCUAACUGUUAGAAAAGGUCAACCAAUAACUUUGAGCACAACGAUUGUAGGAAAUCCAACACCUACGAUUGAAUGGCUCAAAGAUGGCGAGCCCUUUAGUAGACCAACACCUAAGAAGAAUGGAGACACCUACACGUUGACCAUUGAUAGAACUAAACCAGAGAAUGCAGCGAAAUAUACUGUCAGGGCGAAGAAUCCCCUUGGAGAGGUUGAAACUACUGCUAAUUUGGCUGUAGAAGAGUUCCCAGACAAUGAGGAACCACCGCAAUUCACAAAACGCUUCGAAGAACAAAUUGUGCCAGAAAAAAGUCCAUUGGUGCUGCGUGCCAUGGUCACUGGCUACCCUAGACCUGAAGUCUAUUGGCUCAAGAACAACGAACCUAUCAAACCAUCAGAUCGCAUCAAGAUUAUUUACGAAGGUGAAAAUGUGGAGCUCUCCAUCACUGAAACCAACUCUGAACUGGAUACUGGCAACUACAAAUGCGUAGCCAUCAAUCAUGUGGGCAAAGCUAUAUGUGGAGCUAGGGUGUCUAUCGAAGUAGAAACUGUCAAAUUCACCAAACUGCUGAAAGAAACUUACGAAUCAUUGGAACGUGAAAAACUAGAAAUGGAAUGCGAAACCUCGCAUUCAGUCAGAACUAAGUGGUGGUUUAACGACACUGAAAUCAGUGGCAUGGACCAUCGUGUAGUGAUACAAGACGGUAGAACCCACAAGCUAGUAAUCAAGAACAUUUCCAAGAAAGACGAGGGUAAAUACAAGUGUACUGUAAAGAACCAGAAGACAGAAACCACAGUCAAGGUGAAGGAGCGUAAGCUGGAGUUCCUCAGAAAACUGCAAGAUCUGGAGAUUACAGAAAAGGAUACUGCUAUUCUAGAGGUUGAAAUUACGUCAGAUACAGCUGACGUAGUAUGGUAUAAGGACGGCAAAUUAGUCAAAGAUUCCGACAAGUUCGAAAAAGAGAAAAUCGGCGGUACUAGACGCCUAUUCGUUCGUUGCACCUCCAUUCACGAUGAAGGCGAGUACACUUGCACUUUACUAGAAGAAGAAUGCAAAGCAGAAAUGACUGUCAUCGAACUACCUCCUGAGAUAGUGACACCUCUCCAGGACCAGAAUGUCAACAAGGGCGAGAAGACGGAGUUCAACAUUGAACUGUCUAAGGGCGAUGCACUUGCCAGGUGGUACAAGGAUGGAAAAGAAAUUCAGUUCUCGGAUAGGAUCAAGUUAUCUAUUGACGGAAAAAGGCAGAAGUUGAUCAUUUAUGAUACACUGCCUGAGGAUGAAGGAGUCUAUUCUUGCGAGGUUGGAAAGCAAUCGUCCAAAGCCAAACUGACAGUGAUCGAUGUGACUUGCAUCUUCCUGAAACCCUUACCAGAAUACACUGUGGUUCCAAUCAACACAGAUGCUGAAUUCACCGUUGAAAUAUCCAGAGAAGACGCCGAGGUUACCUGGUGGUGUAACAACAAACGAAUUGAGAAAUCAGCCAAGUACAGCAUCUAUGAGGAACGAAAGGAAAGGAAGUUGAUCGUACACAAGACUACACAUGAAGAUGAAUAUGAAUACAUCUGUACAGUCGAGAAGUACCAGCUGAAGACUUCGUCGAAAUUGAAGAUUGGAGAUAAGCCAUCUCCACCUCGAGGCCCUCUAGAAGUGUCGGGAAUGAGCGACACCUCAUUCACGAUCGGCUGGCAACCUCCUGAAUCUGAUGGUGGAUCACCUAUCAUCGAGUACAUCGUCGAAAUGAAAGAGGCGACCUCGAAGAAGGGCUUCAAGAAAGUCGGCGCAACCAAAGCAGGUGUAACUGACCUGUCUAUCAACUACCUGGAGAAAGGACAUGGUUACAAGUUCAAGAUAACGGCUAGGAAUGAGAUUGGAGUCAGCGACCCUUACUGCCCCGAAGAAACUAUCACUGCUGGUUCCAGAAUGAGGAUACAAUAUCAUUUCGAAAAGAAUGACGAGACAUUCUACUUACUGUUUGGUGUAUUUCCUCCUUCUGAAAUUAAGCACAAAUCACCCCCUUCGGCUCCAACAAACCUCAAAGUAAAAGAUCUCACGAACCGCACGGCGACCAUCACCUGGGAACCACCUCUAGAAGACGGCGGUACCGAAAUAACUGGCUACAUCAUAGAAAAGAAACUGGAAUACAUGCCCAAAUGGGAAAAAGUGUAUACUCUGGAGGCCGCCACGCUUGAGUACACCUUUGAGAACCUCAAGGAGAAGAGCGAUUAUAAAUUUAGGGUGCUCGCGGAAAAUGCUAUUGGUGUAGGUCCACCAGCUACGACAGAAGACGUACAAAUGAGAACGCAUGCAACUGUGCCCUCUCCGCCAACCGGUCCCCUCGAAAUCCGAACAAUCGGCCCCAAUGCAAUCGUGGUCGAAUGGGGCGUCCCAGAAUGGGAUGGAGGAGCUCCGCUCCUGGGCUACAACAUCGCCAUCAAAGAUACUAAGAAGACCAUGUGGAUGGAAAUAGGCAAGACGCUGAAGGGCGUGCUGAAGUUCACCAUCAGGGACCUGCAGGAGGAUCAUGAUUAUGACAUCAGGAUAUUCGCUAGGAAUGAGAUUGGACUCAGUAACCCGCUGGAUAGUGAUGAGCCGUUCAAGGUGCCUGCUGCUGCAGAAACUGACCAGGAAGACUUUAGAGAAGUAACAGAAAGAGAACCUGCAUCGUAUAGCACUGAAACCUCUACUUCUUGGCUAAGAGACAACAGCAUGGAUGCAGACAUUGUUUCCUACUCUAAGGGAGAAUUACUGAAGAAGGACGAGUACUUCUUCCGUAUUUGGUGCUAUGCCACCAAAUUGUUCAAAGAUUAAGACUUGCUUACUAUUCCCGAUAAGAUGUAUAUAUUUUAUAAACCGACAUUUGUAGUUUUUUAACUGAUAGACUUUGUCAAUGGUUCAACUUGUAAUGAAUUUGCGCUGAAAUAAUAUACAAUCAUUUGCGAAUUGCGAGCGUGAAUUCAUUAAUUUAAAUAAAAAACGGUUUUAGCGCAAGUUCAAUAUAAGUUGCAACUUUUAUAAUUUAAGGAUACUGUGAUACUGAUUAUGAUAAAAAAAAAGUGAGUGAUGUACCUCACAAAUCGACUAUACGAAAUGUUUCAAUGAGAAUUUUUAUGCUGUGUACAUUAUAAUCAUAGACGGAAGAUAAUUUUGUUUUGUUUUAUUUCUUGAUUUUACUAUAUUAUGCUAUAUUUUUUAUUUGUAAGUUACAUCUAGUUUAGUUUCAUGAAACCAACUAUAUCAGAGAGACAAUAUAGGUGCAGAUUUAUCCAUUAAACGUUGGUUUUAUAAAACAAAACAUUCGUUAUAAUAAAUUAUCGAUUAUUGAUUAUA